GCCCUGACCUAGGCCUUGGCCUGGGCCACUCGUUCCGGAGCCGCUAUGUCGUCCGACUUCGAAGGUUACGAGCAGGACUUCGCGGUGCUCACUGCAGAGAUCACCGGCAAGAUUGCGAGAGUCCCACGACUCCCGCCUGAUGAAAAGAAACAAAUGGUUGCAAAUGUGGAGAAACAGCUUGAAGAAGCGAAAGAACUGCUUGAACAGAUGGAUUUGGAAGUACGAGAGAUACCGCCCCAAAGUCGAGGGAUGUACAACAACAGAAUGAGAAGCUACAAACAAGAAAUGGGGAAACUCGAAACCGAUUUUAAAAGGUCACGGAUCGCCUACAGUGACGAAGUACGGAAUGAGCUCCUGGGGGAUGAUGGGAAUUCCUCAGAGAACCAGUUGAUAAAAUUACGUGAAGAGAGGGCACAUCUGCUCGAUAACACAGAGAGGCUGGAAAGGUCAUCUCGGAGACUAGAGGCUGGAUACCAAAUAGCAGUGGAAACCGAGCAAAUUGGUCAGGAGAUGUUGGAAAACCUUAGUCAUGACAGAGAAAAGAUACAGCGAGCACGUGAAAGACUUCGGGAAACAGAUGCUAAUUUGGGAAAAAGCUCCAGGAUUCUGACGGGGAUGUUGCGAAGAUGCAGAAACCAACAACUAGACCAUUUAAACACAGAACAAGAUCAGCCAGGAAUAGCAACACGUGGAUGCCUGACUUGUGAAUGUGAGUAGGAAUUAGUGAUUACUUCGAAUAGCUGGAAGAUCCCAGAGGAACAUUUUGGGGGCUCUUCAUUCUGUUUUGUCCUCGAAACAGAAUUGCUCAUACAAAUAUCUGGCAGCAUCCAAACACAGGUGCAGGUUUGGAAUGUAUAAAGCCUCAUGUUGGUUUCUUUGUAUUUUAACUGAAUUUCACUAUGUUGAGGCUCAAGAUCAAAUGAUUAUAUUUUAAUGUGGUAUUUGCCAAAUUUCCAAACCUCUAAGCACAAAAUCCUCAGCCUUCAUUUCUUCGUUUGCCUGGAAAUCUAGGUAGCACUGAGCCAAAAGCAGAAGUUAUGAAGUGAGAUUAUACUUGAUUAGGAACAAAAAAAAGUCCUAUGUUCAGAAAUGCAGAUGUGCACAGCAGUCCUGGGGGAAUGUUGGUAUUUGAUCUCUAAGUCUUAAAGGUUCAUGUUCCCAAGGUUAAGAAAUGCAGAGAGCCAACUUUUAUUAGUAACUAAUGCUGAAAUUACUCUGGAGAUUCUAGAAGUAUUACAUUACAAAUCACUCAGCUUUAAAAAUCCUACAUCUAGUGAGUUACAAAUGUCACUGCAUGAGAGAAAGGGGCAGUAAGUGAAGGGCGUCAUUCAUAAACUUAAUUUCUACUCUUGCAGCAUGAUCAUGAGUAUACUGUGUGAGAGUUUUCAUUUCAGUGAGAAAGAAAAAAGGAGCAUAUGAAGUCCAUGAGUCAGGACUCCAACUGAAAGAACCAGGAAGCAAAGGCCUCCUCAUGUAGAUGGACUUUGGGUAGAGUUGUGGGGUACAGCAGGCCAACCUGGGCUGCAAUAUCUUCCUCCUUUUCUAAUAUUAUCUAACUUUGUGACGUGGGCCGAGUUGCUUGUUUAUUGAGCAAGCCUUCCAUUUUGGUGAAAACUAAAGCCUGGGUAUUCAUAAAAUAAUAUUCUACAACAAGCAUGGCACCUGUAGCCAUCUGUGAAAAAGAUACAGAUAGCAGACAUUUCACUUCAAGGGGAGAACCUUAAUAGCACCAAAUUCAUCAUUAAAACCAGGAUAAGUUGAAAGCAUUACUAUGUCACAUAGUGACUGGUUUUUUUUGUUUGUUUGCUUGUUUGUUUAUUUGUUUUCAGAUAAAAUCUCACUCUGUUGCCCAGGCUGGAGUGCAGUGGCAUGAUCUCAGCUCACUGCAAUCUCCACCUCCCAGGUUCAAGCAAUUCUUGUGCCUUAGCCUCCCAAGUAGCUGGGAUUACAGGUGUGUGCCACCAUGCCCAGCUAAUUUGUUUUUUAUUUUCUUGAAUAGAGUCUCACUCUGUCACCCAGCUUGGAGUGCAGUGUUGUGAUCUGGGCUCAUUGCAAUCUCUGCCUGUGGGUUCAACUGAUUCUCAUGCCUCAGUCUCCAGAGUAGCUGAGAUUAUGGGUGCAUGCCACCAUGCCCAGUUAAUUUUUGUAUUUUUGUUAGAGAUGGGCUUUUACCAUGUUGGCCAGGCUGGUCUUGAACUCCUGGGCUCAAGGGAUCUACCCACCUUGGCGUCCCAAAGUGCUGGGAUUACAGGCAUGACCCACCGCACCUAGCUAUGCCCUAUUUUUAACCUUCAUAAAUUGUAUUACUUUAGUAGGUACCUGGGUACUCUCUAGUAUUAACUAAUUGGGCCUCCUUUUUCGGCUAGACCCUUCUUAUUUUAAACUCAGUAGUGAUCUGAUUUUUUUUUUAAUCAGUGACAACUUGAAUUCCAACAACAAAGCAAAGGUAGAUAAGUCCGCCUAAAGGCAAAAUUACAUCUUUUACACUUUUCACCAAUAAUGUCUACUACUAGAUAUGUUCGUCUUCAUUGUGAGGUUGACUUGCCCUUGGUAUGAGUUGAUAAGUGUUUUCUUUAUAAAUGAAAUCUAUUUAAGUCAUUACACUUUGGGAAGAGUUUUUAAACUGAUCAGAAAUACAUGAUCUUAAAAAUAUUGCUAAAAUUUGGAAUAUGAUCCAUAAUAUAUAUAAUUAAUGUACAGUAUAUAAUUGUAAAUGUGUAUUUUAAGUAGACAAUAUAUAAGCAAAAUAUAGGAAAAUGAAACAUUACAUAUAUAUUAUUUAUAUCACACCAAUAAAUUCAUAUUCAGGUUGUAACAUCUGAACAAUUGCUGCUUCACUCAUCCUCAGUGAUGCUAUUUUUCAGAUCUCAGAUUUUGAUAGAUGUACUGUGGAGUGUAGAAAUAAUCAUUAUUUAGGUAGCUAAAAAAUAGCUUGCCAAAACUAAUAAUGAAAGUUAUUCAAGAUGUUCUGUCAAAAUCCAUUCCAAUUAGUGUUGAGGUCUUGAAGGGCCAGGCUUAGCUUUUUAUUAAUAUGUUAGGUUUAUUAAUGUAUUUUUUGAUAUAUGCAUAGUGUGACUGUCUAAUACAUCUCAUGAUAUUGCAGAAUUACAGUAUUUGGUACUUUUAAUUUGUUAUAUACCAGUCUUUUCUUCAGUCUUAUUUAAACUUCAAAAUUACUUCAUAGUUUCAUAAGUAAUAACUCAUUAGGAAGCUGUGCCAUGUACUUGAGGUUACCUCUAAGGCAAUUCAUAUUUAACAGUAAACCAGAGAAAUUCCUGACUACUUGACUGUCAUUGACCAGUUUAAAUAUUUAAAGUCUUUGUCUGACCCUUUGUCUAACCAAUUACAGAAAAUGAAACAAAGGUUGUGUACAAAAUGGGAGAAAGAGAAGUCCUUUCAAAUAGUCUUUUCUAAAUGAAGAAAACUAGUUGUGCCGUGAGUAACCAAAUUCUUAGAUAAUAAGUAUAUACCACCCCACAGGGACAAUAUGUUAUUUUUAAAAUAAAGGGGUUAUUUUUCUUUUUCUUUUUGCUUGCUACUUUUCACCAAGACAUAGGCAUUUUAGCAUGUCAUUCUACAGUGGUCAAAUUCAGAUUAUUUGUUAAUAAUAAUAAUAAUUUUACAUUCUUAUCUUUUCAAUCAUAUCUUAAAAGAUAGCUUUUGACUAGUUUUUGUCUUCUCCAAAAGAUGAGAAAUUGAGACUGUUUUUAAUGCCUUGCUUUACUCAGAUAAGUGAACAUGGCUAGAAAUUACAGUGGUUCAACCACUUGUUUAUUGCGAUAGUUGUUAUGUACAUUAUUUAGAUCUUGUGACACACUCUAAUCUGUAGUUGAAUGAUGUUAAAAUUGUAUCAGCAUAAUGCCAUGGCUAUAGCAGUAUGAUUUAGCUGACAGCCAAUCUGUAUGAUAAAAAUGAUGCUAGGUUUAAUAGGGACACAAAGAUGGUGGCGUUAUGAAUACCUCUUAUGAGGUAAUGAGAUAAUUAGGUUCUAUUUGAUUUUAUUUUUAAUUUAUUUAUUUUUCAGAGGCAGGAUCUCGCACUGUCGACCCAGGCUGGGUGCAAUGGCAUAAUCAUAGCUCACUGCAACCUUCAAUUCCUGGACUCAAACCAUCCUCCCACCUCAGCCUCCCAAGUAGGUAAAAACUACAGUACUGCAGGUACAUGGCACCAUACCUGGCUAAUGUUUAAUUUUUUUUUUUUUAGAGACAGGAUUUUGCUAUGUUGCAUAGGCUCGUCUGAACGCCUGUCCUUAAGCAAUCCUCCUGCCUCAGCCUCUCAAAGUACCUGAUUACAGUCAUAAGUCACUGUGCCCAGCACCUCUAUUUUAGAAUUUGAAUUGGUCAGCGUUCUUAGAUCCAGAGGGAUAGAAUCAGUAGCUAAUUUAAGCAGAAAGAAAUUCAAUAGAAUAGCUUACAGACUCUUUGAGAAGGCCAGUGAAGCUCUUUUAGGUGCUACACAGCCAUAAAUUUCAGCAACAGAAGAGGCCAGUCAGACUGUUCUGGGAGGUCUCACUGCCUCACUUUUAUCCCACAGGGCAUCCAUGAUACUUCUCUACUGACUCCAUUAUUAGCCAGAGCGGUCCCAGAAGAACCAAAGGCAAGCCCCUCUUCUCCCUCUACCCAUACCCCUUCAAACACGCAUUUAUGGGAAGUGCGCCCAUCUCUUUCCUUGUGGCUGCCUCGCACUGCUCACAUCCACUUUUUAAGUUUUACCCAGGCUCCUCCAGGACCUUGGCCACAUCCAGAACCUGGUAGCAAGAGACUUUUGGAAAUGUCCUUCUUAGCUUUCCAGGCUUGCUGCAAACAAGAAUCAGAAUCUGCGUGGAGUGAGUCAAAUGCAUACUACCCCCAGGAAUGCAUAAAGGAGGGAUUCUCAAAUUUUAUUCUAAGGAACUUAGCAUUUUGCCCACCCUCCUGAAGGUCACCAAAGAGGAAGAAAGGGUGAGAAAAACAAGACUUCAUCUAGAACAGUUAGUUCCAUGUUAAUUUGGUCAUCUGUUGGGCACAUCUAUAAUCAUCAUUUGAAAACAAAAUGUUUUCUCUUGUUGUUGUGGUUUUUGUUGUUUGUUUCAGCACCACCUCGAAUCUGCAGUUACUUUCAUCACUCUUUAUCCACUACUUGUGUGUUAGGUGGACUGUCGCAAAUGUAGCCUAGGAUUCCUUUCCAUAGCAAACCUUUCAAUGGAACACCAUCAGUUUCUUCGCCAAUACUUGAAGAUGACUACAAAUCAUAUGUCUCUCUCACGUCCUCAGAGAAAAGUGCUGCUAACGGCCCCAUUCAUUUUAGGGUUUUUAAUGUGAAGUCACCACCUCCUGAGAACAUGUCUUUUAGUUGUUUCAAAGCCUUUCCAACAUCUUCUGAGAAAACCUCAGCAGUGGAGGGCAACCCAGUCAUCAUAGCCAUAGGAAUAAAGGGAGUGGACACGUUUAAUUACUCUUCAGCUACUUUAUUUCAUUUGACUUCAAAAACAAAAUUAGCGGUAGCAGAAGGCAGUGGUUGCAUGGGGUUAAGCUAAUCAAUGUGUGCUAAUUAAAUAACUGUUGUGCCUAUGCCAUUAAUGCCUGUUUCAGAUGGUAGAGAGCUCUUAGUCUUACCUACUUCGGUCUCUGUACUCUCAAUAUGUUGCCAUACAGACUAGAUUAAAGGGAUAUAAUCUCUAAAUUAAGUAGGAAGAGACAGAGCUAUUACCUGCAUGCAUAUUGGUCCUUGUAAAAAGAUUGUUGUCGGGAGCUUUUCUCUUACGGUCUCUAGAGCAUCUCCUUCCUUAGCACAUGUGGCCUUCCGCACUCUGAACCAUAACGGCUUUCAACUUACAUGCACUCAAGAAACCUGCACUUCUGCUACCAAUCCGCUACUUCUUUGUCUUUCAUGUGUUUUCAGGAUGCCCUGACCUCACCCCUCCCUGUCAUGCAACAUCAAAACACAGACAUGCUUUGUCACCCCAGAAACAGACCAGCAGCCCAACAGUUCUUUAAAGCAGCAGAUGCUUUUUAAUUCACGCACCAUGUUUAUCAUGUUGCUCCCAGUUGCUUAAAUCACCUUCAGAGUAUUUCAUUUUUGUUUUUGUUAACACAAAAAAAGCAGUGAGUUUGAACUCCUUGUAAUUUUAACCAAUAAAACCUAAACGUUUAAAAACUAUUACUUUCAUAUUUAUUAUUGAAUAUUUUGAAAAUUCAGAAAGAGGUAAAGAAAAAACCAAAACUCCCUUUAAGCCUUAACCUCCAUUGAACCCUUGGGGUUUUAUUAGGGGUGGGGUUGUUUUUGUUUUCUUGAAACAGGGACUCAUUUUGUCACCUAGGUUGGAGUGACAGAGUACAGAGGCAUGAUCAUGGUUCAUUGCAGCCUCAACCUCCCUGGGAUCAGGUGAUCCUCCCAUCUCAGCCUCCCAAGUAGCUGAAAUGACAGGCAUGCACCACCGUGCCAGGCUGAUUUUUAUAUUUUUUGUAAAGAUGGGGUUUUGCCAUGUUGCCCCAUCCAUAUUGUUCUUGGACUGCUGGGCUGAAAGCAUCCACCCGCCUUGGCCUCUCAAAGUGUUGGGAUUCCAGGCAUAAGCCACUUUGCCCAGCUAUUGAACUAUUGUUAAAAACUUUGUGUAUAUUUCCCCCCUUUUAUGCAUAUUUCUCAUACAAAUAAUUGAAUGUUUUAUUGGCAUUUAUGUUUUCAAAACCUUUCUGUGAUUUGCUGUCACUUUGAAUAAAAAUUUUAAAGUUAUUGUCCUAAAUUUCAAGAUGAUGUAUUUUAACAUAAAGAAUAUUAGAAUCUGCCGGAAUUAUUUAUCUGAGAUUGGCUGUAAGCUAUAAAAGUCUGUUUGGUUCAUGUAAUUGCCUUUUCAUUUUUUUUGCUACCCUCAGCUGUAAAACACCAAACCAAAAUUAGCAGCUGCAGUCCUGGUUGCACUUAUUAAACAUUUAGCCAAUUUUUUCACCCCUGUUCCUUGUGAAGUUUAUUUAGGUAAAAGGUUGAUAACAUUCUCUACCAGCAAAGGAAGCAGGGUUUUCUUUCUUUUCUGUUAGACGGUUCUAUUCUGAUAACAUUGCAGAAGUUAAACACGAGGACUCAUUUCUUCCCACUGGUAUCAGUGUCCUCCACUGUGCUAGCCAGGUGUAUAAAGUAUGUAAUUUCACAUGCAAAAUAGAGUAAUUGUGUGGUAUGUCUAUAAGCAUGUAUAUUACCAUAGGUUUGUUGAAAUACAAAAUAAUUCUGAAAUGUUUGCAUUUUGGAAAAGACUGGGCCUCCACCAGGCACUGUUGUGCAAUAUCCAUUGUUUAUGCAUGGGCAUAUUUAUAUAAACGGAGUUACAGGUCUGUGUAAACAAGUUACAUUGAUUACAAGAGCUAAUAUAAGCUUAGGAAUGUUUGUGUUAAUACUUCAGUUUUUUCAAGUAAGGUCCUAUGUAUUUCUUACAUAGAAGACUGUUUCCUAAAAGUGGUAAAAAUGAAAAUACUCAUCUCUAAUGUUUUCUACUGUGCCAACUACAUCUUUGACAAGAUUCUUUUAGUUAUUCUUCUUAUUAGAGAUAUUUGUAAAGGAAUGUGUUAGCAUUAAGCAGUAUCUUUGACAGAAGCAAGUCACCAGCUAUUCGAAAUAAGAACUGAAGAAACUUUGGAUGGCAUGAAAUAUUUCAAAUAUUUCGCCAUUCAGCAGUCUCACUCAUGAUGGCCAAAUACACCAAUAAAUGCUGCUUGUAUUUCUUUCUUUAUUUAUUUUUUCUUUUAGAUGGAGUCUUGCUCUUGUCACCCAGGCUAGAGUACAAUGGAGCAAUCUUGGCUCACUGCAAUUUCCGCCUCCCAGGUUCAAGCAAUUUUCCUACCUCGGCCUCCUGAGUAUCUGGUAUUUCAGAUACGUGCCACCAUGUGCAGUUAAUUUUUGUAUUUUUAGUAGAGACAGGUUGCACUAUGUUGGCCAGGCUGGUCUCAAACUCUUGACCUCGUGAUCCGCCCACCUCAGCCUCCCAAAGUGCUGGGAUUACAGGCUUGAGCCACUCAUAUUUCUAUAAGAAUGGGAUUAUGUUGUACAUGCAUCCAUUUUGUGUAAACUUUCCCACUUAGCCAUUUGAUGCAAACAUUUCCCCUUGACAGUAAAUAGUCUCCUAAAAAGAUCUUUAAUAGUUACACCUUCUGUCUCCUGAGGGCGCAAAGAGCCUUUCUUGGUUUCUGGGUGGAAAUCCGUAGCUGGCAUGUUUCUACCAUCCCCACAGUUGCCAGUAGUUUUCGAAUCCAUGGGCUUGCUGGCCCUCCAGCAUCUAUUGUCAGUUUUCUUAGGGCUUAUCCCGGGAGGGACAUAUGUCCCUUUCCUCACCUCCGUCUCUUCUUGAUUAGACCUCCUUCCGCCAGCGUAUGUUCUCCUUCAUCUCACUCACCAUCCUCCUCUUUAAAUCUCUGAUUAGUCUCUGCCUUCAUUUCACUUUAGUCACUGUUUCUUUCCAGGAAUUGGUUCUCUUUUUUUGUGUCCCUUCUUUAAGAGUGUCUGGUUGCUUUGCUGACAGACACCUCAGAAAAGGGACAGAAAGUUGGAGCCCUGUAUUUUCAUAAAUAAAGAGUACAUAGUGAGGAUUUUUGACCCCUAGUUCCCUAAGAGUGUCUGUCUUCAGACAGAACUGCCCCCCUGGUGCUUUGGGCAGGCCUGGGCCUCUGCUGACCCUCAGCCCUCUCUGUAGUGCACUCUAGCUCCCUUCCCAGCCACCCUCCCCUCGCUUGACCUGCACCCCCGCCAGCUGGGACUGCUCCCUGUCUGCCAGGCUUGCCUCUUGCUCUUUUCUUAAUUGUGCCAUUCCUCCUAUCUGGACAUUUACCUUCUCCUCUUUCCCAUGAAAAUCCUGCCCAUCUUUCAGUUCCAUGUCUUCAUGCUACAUGCUCAAAGAAAGCAGAGAUCACAUUUUUCAGAUCUCCCCACCAAGAGGAACUCUGUUUAUUCAUUUGUUUGUUUGUUUGUUUUGACACAGAGUCUCGCUCUGUCGCCCAGGCUGGAGUACAGUGGUGCAGUCUCGGCUCACUGCAACCUCUGCCUCCUGGGUUCAAGCAAUUCUCGUGCCUCAUCCUCCCAAGUAUGUAGGACUACAGGUGGGCACCAUCACACCUGGCUAAUUCUUUGUAUUUUAGUAGAGACAGCGUUUCAACCACGUUGCCCAGGCUAGUCUCGAACUCCUGAGCUCAUGCACUCCACCUGCCUCGGCCUCCCAAAGUGCUCUGUGUUGUUUUGAUUAUACUUCUCAUGUUGGACAGAUCUGGUAUGCCUUGUUUUAGCUGUUUCUGUGCCUGUCUCUUUCCCCUUACUAUGUGGUUAGCCUAGAGAACAAGGAUUAUAGCUCUCAUAUUUGAAACUGAAAGCACUCAGCACAGUUGCAUUCACAUGGAAGGUGCUUGGUAAAUAUUGACCCAUGAGGAUUUUUAAACCUCUGAUUUGAAUACAUUGGUUGUUCUUCAGUUAAUGUCUUUUUUUUUUUUUUUUUGAGUUGGAGUCUUGCUCUAUCACCCAGUGCAGUGCAGUGGCAUGAUCUUAGCUCACUGCAACAUCUACCUCCUGGGUUCAAGUGAUUCUCCUGCCUCAGCCUCCCAAGUAGCUGGGAUUACAAACAUAUGCCGCCAUGCGCAGCUGACUUUUCUAUUUUUAGUAGAAAUGGGAUUUUGCCAUGUUGGUUAGGCUGGUCUCAAACUUCUAAUCUCAAGUGGUCUGCCCAUCUUGGCCUCCCAAAGUGCUUGUAUUACAGGUAUGAGCCACCAUGCCUGGCCCAGUUAAUGUCUCUAAAUUUCAUUCACUUAGUGCUACUGCAGAAUAAUUACAGAAAUUGUGCUUGGUUUAUAUAAAAGCAUGGAGUGACCUAACUUGGUUAUAUUUUUUAAGCAAUGUCCAAAGAGAGGCCACUUCCAAGUUGGGGUUUGUUCUGAGCUCAUGCUUUGCCUAAUUUUUUCCCAGAUCAGUAGCAUAACUUACCUAGUAGAGUCUUGAGUUAUCUGCCUUAGCUCUGAAGAGUCUUCCUCAGCCUUGUUAGUCAGUCUGCAUUGUUGUUCGUGUGUGUGUGGUGUGUGUGUGUGCGUGCGCGUGUGUGUGCAUGAGAACCUUCACUUUUAGAAUAAUAUUGCAUUGCAAAUCAAAUUCUGCCUCAAAAGAGCUGUUCUUCCACAAUUUUCUGCAUUUCUGUACAGGUUACAAAAUGUCACAAUUCAGUAGGGCCAAUUAUUAGAUUUUCAUUUAAUGGGCAGUUUUAAUGUUCUCAGAGAAUCUGAAUUGUAAUAGCAUUUUAAACUACUGCAUUCCAUUUAAAGACUCACAACCAGUUCUCUCUUUGAGCACACCUAGUUAUAUUUUUGGGUAUCAUUUAAAUUCAGGCUCCGUAGAAAAAAAUCAAUGACUUAAUGAAUAGCUUCAUUUUGAAAACUUUUGAAAUAUUUUAUCCUAAUUAUAAGGCCUAUCUAGUGACAUUAAUUUGGUGAAAUCCCAAAUCGUCAGAUUGUACAGAAUAGCCCUUGCCAAGGGAGCAAUUUAGAGCAUUUUCAGUUUAACAAAUACCCUGUUUUUAGGACCAGAUCAUGGCUUUGCUUACUCUGAGAAAAACUUUCUACUGUUAAGGUGUAGGGGCCAUGUCAGGGUAGGUCAAACUUCAUGUUUUUUAUUCACAGUUGUGUUUGUUUAGUGUGUUUUAUUUAGCCUAUUAAAUGAAAAGCAUUUCUACUACUAAUAAUCACCCCUGACAUUUGUGUAGCAAAUUCUUAUUGGUAGAUCACUCCCACAUGCGCUGUGCCCAGGUCUGGUGAGCUUCACGCCAUACUCCCUGGCCACACAAUGAGCAAUUGGUAAAGUCAGCCCUGGAAUCAGAGCUGGCCAAGUCAAGACCAGUGACUUUGCACACACGGUUGGUGUUUGUUCAUGUAAGUCAACCACCCUGAAUCUUUUGGGGAACAAGAUGGAGAAUAAGCCAACAAAGUGAUUGCUUUGGAGUCAUUUAUUUUCUGCUCUGUGGUCCAUAGCUUAUCGACUCUGUCCUCCGGGACAGCAAUGGAAAAUCAACCCUGUAACCAGAUCGAGGCUACAGUUUGUGAGAAACCCACAAGGCAGCCAUCAUCUCAGUCUUUUGCAGAGUGUGGUUCCCUGUGUGUGGUUUCUAUUUUAGUAAUCUUUGGCCUGCUUUAUCUUCAUCUAUUCUCUGUCCAUUCUCCAGCUGAAGACACCUGACACAUUGAUGGUCUCAGGGAACUACGGUCAUACCACCCUGAACAUGCCCAGUCUCUUCUGCUAGUCUCAGGAAAGUCAAAAUCAUUUAUAAGCAGUAUUUGAUGACUCUUCAUGGCUGCCCAGUAAAAGGAGCCUCAGGACCCUUCCUACUCCUUCAGUGUUUGCAUGAGUGACCCAAUUAGUAAUAGAACCUAGUUCUCCUCGUUCCUAGUCUGCUUUUCUGGUCAUGACCUGUACGCGGCUCCAUCUUCUGCAGAUAUAUCCUGCCUGGAUGUCUUCAUUCUUCUCACCCUCCCUCCCAGCCAGAAAGUUGUAGGUGUCACAUUUGCAGGGCUGGCCACAGAGUAACCUAAAAGGUACUCUUGCAGAUCUCUUUUUAUUGGACCAGGACAGAAGGAAGUUGGAGUCCUCACAUGUAUUUUUAGUAAAAACUCAUGACUGUGGAGUUAUGAAAAGCAAAAUCUCCCUGGAAAUGCUCAUCUUCCUAAUGAUUUUUUUUUCUGCUAGGCCCACAGUCGAACUCAAUAACUCUAUGUGGUCUAAAUGAUUUAAUAUGGCUAAGUGAGAUCAACUAUCAUAUCACACACACACAUGCAUGCAAGCAUACACACACACACACACACACACACACACACACAUGAAAUGAUAUAAGUCUAGUUAAAUGUUUACUCCAGAGGGGGAAGAAAGGUAAAAGGGUAAAAUACAUGUAGAGGGGCAGGGGUGUGAGACUAAGAGAGGCAUUUCCCUUUCUAAAGGAGCUUUGCUCACUUGCAACACAAGCCCUGUUAAGAAACAGUGUGCAUUAGGACCCACUUGCCCACCCUGAUUUUCCACUCACACUUUGCUUCCCACUGCCGCAUUCUCCAAGCACGUGAACUGAUUUGUUUCUGUGCAGGUUCAAGGGAUUUUGGUUCCAUAACAUCUCAUUGUGCUAAAUGCAGAUUUAAUGGCUUUAGACUGUCAGGAUGUGCUCUCCCGUUGCUGUUUUUAAAUUUGGGGUGGCAGAUAUUGAAAACCUGUAAAACUGAAUAGACCAAAAGCUGCUGCAAAUGUGGGGAGGCCUCAGAAUGCUGGGGACAUACUCCACUGACAUCCUGUCUCUCCAUUCCGGUUGGAUCUCCAGUUCCUGGUCCAGGACCCCUGUCCUAGCUUUAGGGAUUUCCUUUCUGUGUUUCUGUGGCCAUCACGACUGCCUGGAAUGGUCCCCACUGCCCAUUGCAUUCUAAACCCCUCAGAUUUGAGAUGGAUCCAUGGUCCGUAUGAAAGACCCCUCCCUGUUUAGUUUUUCUUCUCUUUAUGACCACCGUGCUGCAUGCACCAGCCCAGUGGAGGACUAGAAUUCUCCUACAGAACUGUUGGUUAUUACUUAACCCUGUUAGUAAUUUGGAAUCCAGGGUUUUUCUUCUCAGUUUCAAAACUGAAGAACCUUGCAUAUGACUUCUUCACCAUUAUUGUCAAGAUUACUGUCAUCAUCUUAAUUGCCAUUUAUUUUAAAAGUACUUAAACACUAACUGCUAUAUAAACAUUAUGUCAUUUAGUUUCGUUUAACUCUCAGAGCAAACCUAUAAGGGAGGCAUUAUUAUUUUCUUUUACAGAUGAGGAAACUGAGGCUUAUAAAAGUUCAGUAAUUUGCUCGAACUCACACAACUCUCAAGUAUGGGAGACAGGAUUGCAUCAGAUCCAGUCUAUCAGCCUCAAGAGUAUAGAUCUCCUUGUCUGACACCUGACACCAGCUGGGUUCUCACCAUGCAGUCAGCCUCCAAGAAUAUAAGUAACUAUACGUAGGCAAAGAAAAAAAAAUCUGUUUAGAAUCAUACUAUGCCUUUAUCAAUAUAUUUCAUUUAAGUUAUCAUUCAGUUAAUAACUUAGGAAUCAACUUUUUAAGGAAAAUUGUAAGAAGCAUAUUUACCAGGUCCUCUUACCAUAAAUAGAGAGCAACUGCUGCUCUGGUCCUGAACAACUCGUGUAUUUAAGCCAAGGUUGGCAUAGGAAAUAAUUUUCUUAUGGCACCUGGAGAUACUACACUAGACCAUAGACAAGAUAGCAAAAGAGGUCUUUGGUGCUCCCCAUGUAUUUUGGCACGCAGCCACCCUUCUCCUUCCCAACAUUUUGGUCACCUUUUGGCAUUCUAAGUCUCCCUGCUGUAACCCCAUCCAGGCCAUUCAUUCUCUCAGGAACACAUUCCCCAUUGAAAACUCUUAGCCCUUGAGAGACACUACUGCUACUAAGAAACCAGUCUGAGGACAGUACAUCAUGCUAAGACUUAAUCCUGGGGCACAACUGAGCUUUAUAAGAAGAGUGGAGAUGGGGAAAUGUGACAUUACUAACUCUCUGAAUGCUUUGCCUCUGCUUACACAACAGUCCGCUGUUUUCCAUGUUCUGUUGGAUCCCAGAUAAGCCCCUCAUCACUUGAUGCCUUUCCCCUGCUUUAUUUCUUUUCAUCACAUAUAUCAAUACCCGGAAUCAUAUUAUAAACUUGUUGGUUUAUCAUCAUUACCCCCUGCAGAAUGGAAGCUUCAUGAGAGCAGGAAAUUUGCUUUCCUUGCUGCUAUAAACCCAGCAUCUGCAAGAGGAGUUGGCAUAUACUAGGGGCUUAAUAAAUAUUAAUCAAGUGAAAGGAUCAACCUCUUGUCACGCCUCUUCUGAGCUGGGUAGUUUUCCUUUAACUCAGUUGUUUGAUCCCCAAAAUAACACAUUUAAGUAGUCAUCACACCUAUGAUUUUACUGAUAUAUAUGGUUGUUUGGGAUGAGCUGAUUUUUUUUCUUUAAAGGGCAAAUUUAAAGUUGGCAUGAAGAAAACAGUUAAGUAAAUACUUACUCAGAUGGGAGUCCAGGCAGAGAAGGAUCAGGAAAAUGGUAUCUGGGUGUCUGGAAAGUGCUAUUCGAUCAAAAAACACUGAAAAUCCACCAUUACAUUAGCAAAUAACAUUCAAGUAGGUAAAAAAUUGCCCCACAUAACUCAUCUUGAAAUAAUUAUGAGCCAACCUUUUUAGUCUUCCAUGAUGUGCCCUGUGUUCAUGGUUCUCUCAGCAUUGUAAGUUAUAUGCAUAAAAUUCAAACCAAAACUUACCCAACACAUUUGAGCCCAAAUAUUUCCUCUUAAGUUGCACCCAUAACUUGGAAGUCAAGGUCAAAACACAGGCUUAUGUUUUCUUAUGGUAAUUUUUUUUUUUUUUGAGACAGAGUCUUGCUCUGUCACCAGGCUGCAGUGCAGUGGCUCAAUCUCUGCUCACUGCAACCUCCGCCUCCUGGGUUCAAGCAAUUCUACAACCUCAGCCUCCCGAGUGGCUGGGACCACAAGCACGUGCCAUCACACCUGGCUAAUUUUUGUAUUUUUCGUAGAGACAGGGUUUCGCCAUGGCCAGGAUGGUCUUGAUCUCUUGACCUCGUGAUCCACCCACCUCGGCCUCCCAAAGUGCUGGUAUUACAGGCGUGAGCCACCAUGCCCAGCCUCUUAUAGUCAUUUUUAAAAAAUAUUUGGGAUCAAUCAUACCUGGUAAUUUGGCAUGUAAUGAUUGAGUGGGCUCGAGAAUAUUUGAGAACAAAUUGCACCAUAUUAUCAAGUUCUCCCUAAUCUUACCAAAAAAAUGAAAACCACAAAUUACUGAAUUUUAAUAUCUCCUGCAUCUUCCAGCAAAAAGGAGGAAGGCAGCAACUAAAUGAAUACUCUAAACACUGCAAAAGAGGUGGGAGGAGAAGGAGAAUCCCAAGUAAACCAAAUUGGGCUAACCAAUUAUUAUGAUUGUUUUUAAAAUCAUAGAGUUUUAUGGAAAAAAAUUGUUUUUAUGGUGUCAGGUUUGUGGGAUCCUCUUUGUGAAAACUUUACUAAAUGAAGUUAUAAAAUUGAGACAAGUUUAUUCUAGAAGCUUCUUAGUUGGGGGAUAAGACAGUUGGAUGAACUGGGAAGACAGUAAAUGGUGGAGGUGGAAACCUUGUUCAUAAAAAUAGUGUUUUUCAUGUGUUAAAAUAAAAAAAAAAAAGACAUGCUUUUCAUCAAGAGCUGUAGUCAGUCAGCCUGUGUACUUCCCUUUCCCUGCCAGAUAGUUGUUCCUGGCUGGAAGACAUUUUAUGCUAUUUAUUUGAUGACACACACCUGCUGGGUGGAUGAAAAGCAACUGCUCCUGGGGAUGACCUACUUCAAGGGCGCAGUCAGCUUCUGAGGACUUUGGCAGGUUAUCCUGAAAUCAUCUGAGUUCAUCUUGAUAUCACCUGUUGAACAUAUCUAAGACUGGCGUAUUUGCAGACUUGUAGGCACAGUUGCUAACCCCAGGGAAGAGAUUUUGGAGUCGGUAACUACUUUGUCAGUGUAUUGGGAAGACACACUGCUUUACCAAACCUACUCUGAGCAUAUGGAGUGCUGUUCUUGGCACUUGGAAUGUGAAUCAGCCCAGGGACCUGCCAGCCGGGAGCAGACCCUCUAGAAGGGGACCUAGUGGGAACAUAAGAAGUAUGGUCCAACACAGAAGGGAUAGAUCUGAGGUCGAAGGUAGGGAGGAUGAGGGUCCAAGGUAAGAGAAAGGGCCAUGAAAAAAAUUCUGAAGUCUUCUCCUGAGAGUUUACAGGACACAGAUUUCCAGUUGAGAUCAGGGAAGAGCAAGGAAUAUUUGAAAUGCAUGGAGACACUGUCACCAAUUCACCCUUGGAAGCCAACACAUCUUGGCAUGUUCAUUUCUAUUCUACAAACACUUAUGGGACACAUGCUGUUGAGACAUGGUAGGCCUUAGGUAGUAAAGAUGCAGAUAUAAAUAAUCCAUGUCUGUCUCCCAAUACAUAUACUCUAGUGAGAAAACUUACCUAAACAAAUUUUUAUUACUAAUUUGAAUAUAACAUAACCAUAUGUGUACACAAGGAGUUCUUAGCCAAGUUGGGGUUCCUGGAGGUGAUGAUACCUGGCCUGAGCUUUGACGAGUAAGUGUGUGUUAACCAAUGAAGAGAGAACAGGGACAUGGAGGCAUUAAAACAGUAUGUUGUGACCGGGAACUACACAUUGAGCAUCCCUAAUCUGAAAAUCCAAAAUUCAAGUUUUUGGGCCCCAAUAUGAUGCUCAAAAUGAAUACUUACUGGAGCACUUUAGAUUUCUGAGUUUUGGAUUAGAGAUGUUCAACUGGCAUGUUAUUUUGCAUAUAUUCCAAAAUCCAAAAAAAUGAAAAAUUCAAACACUUCAGGUCCCAAGCAUGGCGGAUAAGGGAUACACAACCCAUACAAGCUGUCAGUGUUACUUGAGCAAAAAAGACAAGGCGGGAACCAGGGUUUGAACCAGUGGGUACCUUAGAGGAGCUGCCAGGGCCACUCCAAACAAACGUGUAGUUGGAGUAAGAGGACUGUGCUUGCUCCAAAAACAGCUUCCUAACAAGUUCCCUCCCUUGAAAGAUCUGAGCAAUAUUUGGCUUUAACAAUGUAUGGAAGUGCAGCCUCCUAGAAGAUGGGGAAACAGGAUACAUCCUUAUAAAAUGUUGUCAUCUUGAGGGGGACAGUACACACUUGGGUGACUGACUCUCAUUCAGACAUGGGAGUUUUGUGGUUUGUGGGUGUGCACUGAAGCCUUGGAUUUUGCUGUGGGAAGGGAGCAACGAAGGUUGAGGGCGACACCAUAAGGCGUAAAUUAAUUUUUAGGUGAUUUAAAGGAUUAUGUGAGCGGAUAAAAAUGUUCUUCGGGAAUGUGACAGAUUGUAUUUUUCAAAACUAUUUGCAACAAUAUUUCCUGCCCCACUGGUCUUCCUCAACCUGCCGCUCCUGCGUCAAAGAGUAGGGUCUGUGUCCCAUCCCAUCCCCUUAGACCUCGGCAGGCCCUUGCGAAUGUCUUGCUGAAUAGAAUGCACCUCUUGAUGCCCUAAGCUCCUCUGUAUGGAAAAUCUAGAGAUUCUACCGAAGGCAUAUUGGCUCAGUGCUGAGAGUUGGAAGCUCUGAGUCAUGACUGAAUUGGUAGCUUACAUGUUGAUUUACAAGACAUCUUUGCCUAUUACAUUUAUUUACAGGUCCAGAGGUGAUGGCCUGAAAGACUUGGCUCCAAAUAUAAUUUGCCCUUUCUAUUGUUUAUGAUAUGAUUCUCUAUUCAGUGCUCUUUUUCUCUCCUAGUUAUCUGUUGCUGAGUAGCCAAUCACCCCAGAAAUGCAGUGGCUUCAGCAGCAAUCUCUCAGGAUUUUGGCGGGUUAGGAAAAUCAGGGGUCGCUUGGCUGGGUGUUCUCACAUAGGGUCUCUUGUGAGGUUUCUUCAGACAGAGAUCAGAACUGGAACUGCAUAGGAGGGACGGGAUCCUGGAGUAGCUGGGGACUGGCUGGGCCCCUCUCUCUUUGUGUCAUCAUUAGUCAAAAGACCCUUCCAGGUGGUGUCCCUGCAUAAGCUGGUUUGGGUGAUCUUACGGCAUGGCAGCCUCAGGCUUGCCAGCCCGGGGCACCAAAGGUGAGAGCUCCAAAAGUGAGGAGCAGAAGCUGUGUGGUCUUUUCUAACCCAGUCUAAGAAGUCACACAGUGCCACAUUCUGUGCUGCAUUCUACUCAGCAAGACAGUUGCAAGGGCCUGCCAAAGUUUAAGGGGAUGGGAUGGGACACAGACCCUACUCUGACGCAGGAGCGGCAGGUUGAGGAAGACCAGUGGGGCGGGAAAUACUGUUGCAAAUAGUUUUGGAAAAUACAAUCUGCCACACUCCUGAAGAACAUUUUCAUCUGCUCACGUAAUCCUUUAAAUCACCUAAAAAUUAAUUUACGCAUUAUGGUGUCGCCCACAACCUUUAUUGCUCCCUUCCCACAGCAAAAUCCAAGGCUUCAGUGCACACACGCAAACCACAAAACUCCCAUUGUCUGAAUGAGAGUCAGUCACCCAAGUACGUACUGUCCCCAUCAAGAUGAUAACAUUUUAUAAGGAUGUGUAUCCUGUUGUCCCAUCUUCUAGGAAGCUGCUCUUCUAUACAUUGUUAAAGACUAAUAUUGCUCAGAUCUUCCACAGAGAGGCCCCUUUGAAUCGAACCUGAGCAAACCAGAGAUUCAGGAGUGAAUGAUUUCAAAUCUGUCUUUAUUGGCUGUGCACCUGGGAGAUUGACGGUACUCUCAUAACAAGUUUGGUCAAUGGCAUUUAAGGGAAUACUGAAUGUUUCAGGGAGUGGAAAAAGAGAAACUAAAAGAAAGGCCCAGACUUUGGGCUCAAGGAACUUUAAAAACAGAAGCAUUGGCCGGGCGCAGUGGCUCACGCCUAUAAUCCCAGCACUUUGGGAGGCCAAGGCGGGUGGAUCACGAGGUCAAGAGAUCGAGACCAUCCUGGUCAACAAGGUGAAACACCAUCACUACUAAAAAUACAAAAAUUAGCUGGGCAUGGUGGUACGCGCCUGUAGUCCCAGCUACUUGGGAGGCUGAGGCAGGAGAAUUGCUUGAACCCAGGAGGCGGAGGUUUCGGUGAGCCGAGAUCAUGCCAUUGCACUCCAGCCUGUGUAACAAGAGUGAAACUCCGUCUCAAAACAAAAAACAAACAAACAAACAAAAAAACUGAAGCAUUAUCAUGUCCAUGGUAAGAAAUCUUCUAAUUUAAAGUUAAACAAUGGAUGUAAAUUUUACACUUUUUAGUAAGUGCUAUUUCAAGUGUGCUAUCUUUAAUGAGGACUUUAAUUCUUGGUUUACACAUAUAUAGAAAACAGAAGUUGAGUUCUUCAAAUAUUUGCUAUCAAAAAUAUAUGAUUUUUAAGCACUGAAUUGGAAGCUAUCCCUCCCUCCUUGGAUAAUCUAGAAAAGAAUAUAGCUCUAUUUUGAAAUCCCUUCCCGUUCAAGAGUUAUGCAAGCAAAUAGUGUUGACCAGGAUGUUGAAUGGGCCGGUAAUAAUAAUGCUACUCCUUCAUAACGCUAAGUAAUCAGGAAUAAUGCUGAAAAUAAGCGGACCGUCAUUUGUUUACUCUAUUUGGCGUUGUUAGUACUAAUAAUGCAUUUCAACACAGUCAAGUUGCUAGAGAAUGCUUUUGUGACUUUUAUGCAGGUUAUUGUUAUUUAAAUGAACAGUCGACUGCACUGUGAUGAAAAAAUGCAUGCUUUUCCCAACUCAGUUAUCAACCAGAAUUCUAGGAAAAUGAGAAUUUGUGUCUGCUUUCAUUCACAGAGCAAACUGGAGGUCACUGUUUUCAAUAUGAACCUUUUUCUAGCUUUUCAACAGUGAAUAAUUAGGAGCUGCUUCUGAUAUUACCUGUAUUCACUGUAGAGAAGGAAAGACUUUUAUCUUUCACGAUGAAAUACAUUUUCUCAUUCAAACUUUGUCAUUCUUUUUUUAAAUGGCAUUUUACACCACUGAGUCUAUCCUAGGUAGUAAAAUAAAAGAAAUAUAUUUUCUGAGCUGCAAUAGCCUUGUUUAUUCAAUUUUACUUCCUUAAAUUUCAUCUCCUCCUUGAAAAAUGAUUCAAAUGCAAAAAUGGGUUUAAGGCAGUUGAAUAUACAAAGGAAUUAUCUGCAUAAAAUGCUGUUAUACAAUCAUACGUGUUCCUUGCAUUUUGAUUAAAUGGAAUUGAUUCUUUUUUGAUUAUGUGCUUCUAUUGUUUUUUAACAGCUUUAUUGAGAUAUAACUUAUAUGUUACAUAAUGUGCCCAUUUAAACUGUACAGUUCAGUAGCUCUUAGUGUGUUCACUGCAGUGGGCAACCAUCACCACAAUCAACUCUAAGGCAUUUUUAUCACCCCAAAAAGAAAUCUGGUAUCUAUUAACAGUAAUUCCCCAUUUCCUGCCAGCCCCUGACAAUCACUAAUAUACUUUCUGUCUCUAUAGAUUUGCCUAUUCUAGAUAUUUCAUAUAAACGGAAUCAUACUAUAAGUGACAUUUUGUGUCUGGCUUCUUUCACUUAGCAUAAUGUUUGAAGUCUUCUUACUGACAAAUAAUAUUCCAUUGUAUGGAUACACACAUUUUAUCUGUUCAUUUAUCAAUUGAGCAUUUGGGUUGUUUCUACUUUUUGAAUAUUAUGAACAAUGCUGUCGUGAACAUUUAUGUACAAGUUUUUGUGUGAACAUGCAUUUUCACUUCACUUGCUUUCUACUUAGGAGCGGAAUUGCUGGGUCAUGUAGUAGCUCUGUACAGCUUUUGAAAAACUGCCCAACUGUGUUCUAAAGUAGCUGCACUGUGUCCCAAUCCCCCCAGCAAUGGAUAAGUGUUCUAAUUUCUUCACAUCAUCACCAGUACUUGCUUUUGUCUGUCUUUUUUAUUAUAGUUUUUCAAGUGGGAGUGAGGAACUGUCUCAUUGUGGCUUUGAUUCACGUUUCCCUAAUGUCUAAUGUUAUUGAACAUUUUUUCAUAUGUUUAUUGGCCAUUUGUAUUUCUUCUUUAGAGAAAUGUCUGAUUCUGUUGAGUUUUUAAAAAUUCUUUUGCCUCGCAGGCAUGUGGCGAGCAGAAUUGUUAGAAACAAAUAUAUCUUCCUAAACAGGGUGAUUUUCAAACAAAUUUAUACAUUGAAGACGUUGUUUUUACAGUGGUAGUAUUUUGAUUAUGCAAUAACUGAAUUGAUGUCAGGAAGCGAUUUGCUUCUAAAACUUUGUAUUCACUUUGGUUAGCGAUAUGGAUAUUAGUGGUCCCAGAAGCAUACCUAGAAAAAUAAGCUUGUCUAAUUAACUCAUUUUACCAAUUAGGAAAGCAAGGGCCUAAGAUGUGAAAUAUGUGGGUCACGUGGAGAAUUAAUGAUAGAGUUGGAAUUGUAUCCAGGUGGAGUACAGGUGUCCGAAAUUCUCUGUUUACUUUAGAGAGAAUGUAACUUUUCCACUAGGUUCUCAAUGAUUUUUAAAAAAAAUGGUGAAAAUGCCCUGCAAUUUUGUCAGUGACAUUUACUGUUGAGUACUUAACACAUAUUAUUUUCUCUUAUCCUUAUAGAAGCAUAUGUAAGAUUGAUAUUUUUAUUUUCUCCUUUUAUAUGUGGGGAAACUGAGGUUAGCUCACUUUUUCAAUGGCACCUACAUGGUGAGUGGCAGAUUUUCUGAUUCCAAGCCUGUGUUCUCUUCAUUUCUUCUGGAUUUUCUGAUUCCAAGCCUGUGUUCUCUUUGUCUCUUCUGACGUGUCAGACGAAUGAAAGACAGCAUCAACACAUUGUUCCCUGUGCCAUCUUCCAACUUCUCACUAAGUCACUGAAACAUAUAACUGAUAGGUGGCAUCAAGGAGCACUCCCUUGCCAUUGCCAUCAUUAACAAUUAUUUGGCAGUCUCCCUAAUUAUAACUUUUUCAGCCACCAAGCUAAUUUUAUUUUACAUUAUAUUCGAGAUGACCCUAAUUCCCACCCUAAUCAUUAUCACCACUGAGGGUACCAGCCAGAGCGCCUCAAACACUACUACACUAACUUUAGAAGUAUAAUAUAGGGUUCUGUGGACCAAAGAAUUGUUCAAAUAUAAGAAUAUUUGAACCAGGCACCAAUAACAAAACGACUUACAUUCAUAGGGUUAUUUUUAGUUACAAUGCAUUUGACUUACACUUUUGAUGCUCACAAUUGUACAAGCUUUUCAUUAUCUUUGUUUUUAUGUACUUUUAAUACUCAUGAUGAGACUAAGCCCUGAAGGGCUUUAGUUACUACAGUCCUAACUGCUGAGGCAGAGUUGCUUCUCAGAAACAAGUCUCUUGGCUCCCGUGUGGUCCUGUGUGUUCCCUCUGAUGUACCAUCCUCUGCCAGAAUGAUGUUCUGUUGGGCACCCUUUUGAAAGAAGAAGAGACUUUAUACCAUUAUUUCAGAAAACAAGAGAGCUAUGAACAAGUAGAAGUUAUAGGGAGGCUAAUUUUGAACCCAUAUAAAGAAGACUUGAUCUGUCCAACAAUGAAAUGUGUUGUCUUAUGAAGGAGUGAGGUCUCUUGUCAUUGAAAUGUUCAAGCUAGGGCUGAAUGACCAUCAGGAAGGAUCUUCCAGGAGGCAUUUCUGCCUUGGGGGAGGUGGGGAGUGUGUUUGUGGUGCUGAGAGAUGUUAGAGGGCACCUAAGAGCCCUUUCAACUAUGAGGCCGUGGAUCUUUGUUCUUAGUUAAGAGAGUAAGCUGGUUUAAGGGGUCCUGUAUCCUUACCAAGGAAAGAGAGUUUAUCUCUGAUACACUCUUAUCCUGCAAAGUUAAGGGUACAGGGUUUUCUCUUUAAAAGAAGUAACCAAAUUUAUCAAGCUAAAUUACUGAUUUGUAAAAGGUUAGAACAGCUGUUCCCAUCGAUGUUAACAGUUGCUGUACACAACGUGGGAUCCAUCGUCAAAUAAGAUUUAAUAUGAGCCUGCAAUGUGCUGCUGUUCCAUGUGACUAUCCAAGAGAAAGAGAAAAGAGGCAGCAAUUCCAAAUUCGUUUUUUAUUUUUGCGAAGUGCUUCAGAGGCACUUUCACACCCAGUGGUUCUCAGCUCUUGUUGCUCAUGCGAAUCACCUGGGGAGCUUUUUAAAAUUCAGAUGCCCGGGCUCCACCACAGACCAAAUAAAUCAUAAUCUCUAGGGGUGGGUUCCCAGUAUCAGUAUUUCUUAACAGCUGUUCGGGUGAUGCUUACAUGAAACCAGGGCUGAGAAGAGCUCUUCUAAUCGGUCUAGUCUGAGCAUGAGUCCAGGCAAAAUCUGGACAUUUGCUUUUGUAAUUCAGCUUGUUGUCUAGCAUUCAUAUUAUCAAUUCAAAGUCAAUGCUCUUCAGUACAAUAAGGGGCAGUGUCCCACAGUGGUUCACACUGCUGCUCUUGAGCCAGACAGCUUGGCUUUGUCCACUUACUAGCUUUGUGAUGUCAGGAAAGUUAUUUUAAUCACUCUAUGCCUCAAGUUGUUAAUUUGUAAAUCAAGAUAAGAAUAGUAGUUGUAAAGGGUGAAGUUAAUAAAGACCCAAAAGAAAAUUAAAACUCUCCAUAUUAUGAUAUUAUGAUUACCGCCAUCAUCAUCGUCCUCCUCAUCACCAUUAUUGUUUUGCUGUUGGUAGCAGGUGGUAUCCUGCUAGAUGUUAGAAGCUACAUACCUAUUGAAAAAGUCUGUUCUUCCCUGUACAGGACUAUACAGGGAAGUUGGCCUUAGUUGAAAACUAAGAACUCUUACCAGCAUUAGCAGCAUGCUUCCUCAGAUCUAGAACUUCCGGAUUAAGUGGAAUGUUUUGAUGGGACUUUUUGCAAGAAGUUCGGGCUUGAAGCAUGUAACUUGUGGUUCCAUCCAGCACUUGAUUCUACAGUGAGCUCAGGCCACAGCUCUGCAAGGUGGCAGCCGGGACUGAAGGCUCAGGCUGGGUUUCUGUUUAGUGACUGGGAAAGGCCUGUACUGCGUGUGGCAGGCUGACCUCCUGUAUCUUCAGGACAAUCUCAGUUUCAGAUGGCCCACCCUGCUGAUCAAACCCGUGGUUCAGAAAGCAUGGUUACUGUGAAACAGGAAGCAAUGGCUCCCAAUGCCAGUGUCCUAAUUGUGUAAAAAGUAAAUAUAAUUUGAAUAUGUGGGAUAGCCUCAGAGAAAAAUCAAAGAAUACAAUUAAGCACGGGUUCUAUUUAAUUUUCAGUUGAUGAAGGAAUAAUUUGAAGUUGCUCUAAUCACUGAGAGUACAGUAGCAAUAGUCCUUCAUUCUCUGGGAUUCGGGGCAAGUGUGGACAUUAUGUGCAUAUUCAGGUUUUCUAGCACACAGAUUCUAUCAAGAUAGUCUCUAACUGCAAUUGUGGAAACUGGUGGGGUAUUCCUAGCAGGAGCUCAAAGGAUUGUAAAGCUGAAUAACAUCUUUGUCUCAAGAACUUAUAUGAGAAACUUUUUUCCCUUUUUCUCCUACAAGCAUUUAGUGGUUCACCAUUGCAGACACUGCAUAGCUUUGUAUCCCACACAGUCCUCAUGUUAAUAGUUGUUUGCUAGUUGUGGUCAUUUAAUUGAAAAAAGCUGGCACGGAGAUAUUACAGGUCCCAAUAGGUCAUUUCUAUAUCAAGUAUUGUGUUAUUGCCUUUAACCAAGCCCUGCCCAAGGCCAACUUUAUUACAGGCAUUAAUAACAUAGAAUAGGAUAGACAGAGAGCUGAAGAAAAGAUGUGUGUGGCCUUUAAAUAUGCCAAUCAUCUACAGUUCGGAGGGUUGCUUACCAUGGCAUAUCGCCAGCUGUGCAUUAUAGAAUUCCAGAUGGCAUGGUAAUGUUGGUACUUGUUUUGGAUUCACCCUGGUAAUGUGGUUAAAGAGGGCACUGAACUAUGACUGAGAUCCUUUUGCUUGCCUCUUCCAGGGUAGAUCCUGGAAGGCUCUCUCCCCUCCAGCCAAUCAGAAGGCUGCCCCAACCUCUCUUGGGGAUUAUGGACUCAGCACAAAUUGCUCUUUCCCCAUGAGUUCCCAUGGACCUAGUAACCCUACAUUAAGAGGGCAGUGAGAUUGCAUUCCCUCAUGUGAUCUGUGUUCGCCCUCCCUCAGACCCCAGAGCUGGGGCAAGUUUGGACAUGAACUCAAUGACUCUAUAGAUAUGGGUUGUGUUUUCAUUAGCUUGCCUGUCUUGCUUGCUCUGUGUUCUAUGAGAUUUCCUUCCCCAACCCCCUUUUUUGUGGGGGGAAAAAACAACAACCCUUUUUAUAGAAAUUUACACGGAGACAAAAUAAUGUAAUGAACCCACAUCUCCAACACUAACCAUCAACAGCUACCAACAUGUCACCAUUCUUAUUUUAUUCUUCUCUCUUUUUCUUUUGUUAGAGUAUUUUAAAGCAAAUCUCAGAUAUCCUGCUUUACCUGUAAAUAUUUCAGCAUGUAUCUCUACUAUGUACAGCAUAACUUGUAAAAAUGUAAUCACUAUUUAAUAAUGAUUACAUAACUUCUCUGGGUUUAGUUUUUCCUAAUUGUUUCCAGAGUGUUCACAAAUGGUUGGACAGUUUAAUUCAGGCCCCAAACAAAGUAUAUCUGUUGCAUUUGGUUGAUCUAUCUUUAAAUGUUCUUUCAUCUAUUACAGAUUCUCCUCCUGAGUUUUUAUUACAUUUAUUUGUUGAAGAAAUUGUCCCAUGAAAAUUUUUGUCCCGUAGAUUAUUGCCCUGUAAACAUUUUCAUAUUAUCUAUUUGAACUAUAGCAUCUCCACGGUGCCAUUUAACAUGUUUCUCUUUCCUCAUUACUUCCUGUAAAUUAAUAGUUAGAUCUAAUGACUUAAUGAGAUGCAAAUUCAACUGUAUCACAUCGAGAGGCACAUAACAUCUGUUCGCAUUACUUUUAUUGAGAUCAGGAUUGGUCAGUGGGUUCAGGUGUGGUCAGCUUUUCAUCCACUAUGAAGUUCUCUAUCAACCUAUUAACAUUAUAGUUUUAGCAACCAUUGAUGAUCACUGCCAGCAUUCAUUCGGGAUUACAACAUGGUAAUGUUCACUUCUAUCAUUCAGUGUGCAUUUACUAGCUAUUAUUCUACCAUAUAGAAGAACUUACUAUCAUCAACUAUUUGGUUACUCUGAAAUACAGUUCAUAUAAGAAAGGCAGCAUAAAUGCCUCUGUUUAUUAAAUAGUUUUCAGAUUAUUGAAUGGCACCAGCAACCUCCAAAAUUGAUCAGUGAUGCUUGCUUCUUUGUUUGUUUUGAGUAUCAUUAUAAACCCUUGGGCUUUUAUCUAUUUUAUAAGCGUCAGUCCAUCAAUCUUUCAUCAGUGAGUUCCUCUUCAAGUUGCCUCUUUUGCCUUUUAACAUGAGUCCACUCGUCUUUUCUGGCAGGAUAGGAUGCUAUAGGCUCCUGGCCCAAAACUGGGAGCAACUAUUUUCUAAAGAAUCCUGACUCCCUUUUUAAGGAAAUAGUAUACACAGACUUCAGUCUGGACACCAGAGGUAGAUUCCCCCUUAUAUGGUUAUGUUUCUGUGGAAUGGUAAUGCAGUCCUCCUUGGUAUCUCAUCGUUCCUGCUCUCUGUAGGCAUCUGGUUCCACCUGGAUACUCCCUCCCCACACACUCUUGUAAUGGCCAGUGCUCCUUGCGAUUCCACCUCCCUUUCUAAUGAGAUCCUGCUGCUUCUCUUAACGCUUUCAUCCUCUCCUUCUAAAUCAGAUACCCCAACACAUCUCUGGGCUUCUAAGACACCAAAGUGGGGAAUGCUUCUGUAAUGUUGAAGAAUAAUGGUACCCUUUUUUACAUAGACUAUUUUUAGGUUUUUAUUUCUUGAAGGGAGUCAACCUCCUGUUGCUGUCUAAGCCUUCAGUAGACACCUUUAGUCUUGUUCUUAACGCAGAACAACUGUGCUUUGAAAAACCAUGGAAACAGGCAGUCCUGGCCCCAGACCCAGGGAGGCUUCAUAAAACCAACAGUCCCCUCGGGUGUGUGUCUUUCCUAGGAGGCGUGGGCCGUUGCAUGUUGAAAUUCUUAACUAGGGUUGCCAGGUAAUGAAAAAGUGUUAAUGAGUUAGUUUAUCUUAACCAUUUGAGGCCACCUACCUAUUUGUACAUUUGAUGAAAACUACAGAACUUCUCUCUGGAAAAAUGUACAUACACACAAAAUUUUAUAGACAAUUUCAUGGGUUUCAAAGUGCUCAGGGUAUCUUGGAGUUUAAUUUGUUUUCAUAAGCUGGAUCCUGAUGUGCGCUGGCUUGUUAGAGGUUGCAGGGUUUAGAGGUGAGUCUGGACAAGAAGGCACAUGCUGAUAUCAGGGGGCCAGUUUCAAACCACUCCACUCAACAUUAUUUAUUCUUUGGUCUAGAGGUACUCCUGGUGCCAGUCUGUGAACUACUUGAUGUCAGUCCAUGACAUCAUAAAUGUAGAAAUUGAGAACAGACAUCUAAAAACAUUUAUAGCAAUUUGAUGUUGUCACAACAUGCAAGCAUAUGGUCCUUGGACUUGUCUCACUGAAGAGGAUACGAACUAUUUCGGGUGCUGAUGGGUUCACAAGCACCACAGUGGGAGCUGCAUAGCAGUCAUGCACACAGUGGGAGCUGCAUAGCAGUCAUGCAAAAAGCCCCCCUCCCAUCAGUUGUCAACAGGUUGGGAAUUAAAAACCAAAGCACAAACUGAUCCUUCAUCUCAGAUAGUAGUCUAAGAAGCAACAGCAGUGAAACCUAGAGUACCUUUGCUCAGCCUACCUUGUUGUUUUAGCCCGUCUUUCUCCACUCUAUACUUCUACAAAGUAUACCUUGAAGAAGGCAUAGAGUUGGUAUUCAGUACAUGUUUGCUGAACUGUGAGCAGAGCAAAACUGAUGCCCAGAAGGAGAAACCACAUUCUUUCCCUAAUAAUACCCUGCAGGGAAAAAAAUUUUUUGGAUAAUUCCUAGGAAGUUGAAGCUAUUUACAUGAAAAAAAAUAUGAUAGGAAAUAAAUUAUAAGCAGUCAUUAACUUCACUGAAUAUUCUCAUAGAACAUGAAAUAAAUAGAGUAAUCUUAAAGAGCUAGUCCUCACAGUGGAAGUUGUGAGGCUUUUGGGAUGGUUUGUAUUUCAGUGUACAUGUUAUAUGAAUUAACAAGUCAGUAACAAAUGUGAUCCAUUUACAGGGCAGAAAAACUAGAGUGGUCUCAAGUAUAAUGAUAGUCACAGUGGGAAGAAUAUAACUUAGUUAAUCAUCAGGAUAAGAGUUUAUUAUAAACAAAAGGCAAACGAGAUGUGGUCGUGCAUUCUCUGCCCAGUUUUUCCCUCCUCUUACCCCUUUAUGUCAUCUCUUUCUGUCUCUACUAAGGAUCCAGAAUCAGUAAAAUCUGUUCUUUGAAAAUCUUGUCUUUAAAAACUGGACUUGUGGAAAGUCACCUGGUAGCCUGAAGACUGACCAACAUAAGGAGGAGUUUAAUCCCAACCUCACAGCCCCUCUUCACCACCCCCAUACCCAGUAGGGUUCAUUCACACGCCUAGCAGCACAUCUGUGACACAGCAGGCUGCUGGGGGGACUGUCUAAACCCAAAGUCACCGGCUGUCUCACUAACCAGAGAAAGGGAUUUUACCUCAGGACAAUUUCACAGGUUCUGUGGAGCCAGCCCCUACAUAAAGAGACAGAUUUCCUUCUUUCUUUUCUUUCUCUUUUUUUUUCCAGUUGAAUGGAUUCAGAAACAUCUGCUAAAAGUAAAAGAAGAAAAAUUGAGAAUAUGUCACAGUGCUGGUGAAAUCAGCAGUAGAGGGUGUCUGGGUAUGUGCUGCAAGAGUGACACCUGGUUUAUGUUGAUCAACAACUAAGUGAGCUAUAAAUUUUGUGGAAAUAACUUUGCUAUUUAACAUCCCGUUUGAGCAACACGGGCCAUUUGCCCUAUCUAAUAAAAAGGAAACGGUUGUCCUGCUUACCACGCAUGGGACAUUGAAGGGAUAAAGGAGCUUGUCCACAGUAUGUGGGCCCAGAAAUGCACAAUAGCUAAAGUCUGAUGUGACCUUUGUCUUUGCAAACAAAGAGACUGAUAACCCAGGUGUCACCACCACAUUUUUUAAACACAUGCAUCACAAAGGGCUCAGCUUAAUGACUAUUUUCAAGUACAAGCGAAUUUCCUGAAAUGGAAGAAAAAAAAUAGAAUCAUACUUGGGGGUAAUUAGGAGCUCAGGCUACCCCUAGUGUUCUUGGACAAUAUCUAACCACAAAUGUUCACUGCACCAGUGCCCUGACUCCUAUAUGGAGUUUUAUGGUUAUUGAUAGUAACGUGAUUAUGGUAACCAUUAUAUGUACCAGGCAUGGGGCUACGCACUUUAUGUUAGCAGAUUUUUUUUUAAACUUGCACAAUAGGUCUAAUAGAUCAGUGUUUUAUUAUUCCAUUUUGUAAGUAAGGAAACAACUGACUCACAUCAUGCCCUCCGUAAGUGGCUGAGCUGGUCUCAGAACCAGGUCUAACUUCUCAGCCUUAAUAAUCGUGAUGCCUUUUAGGGGUUUGGGUUUGGUUGGUUUUGAUUUUUUUUUUUUUUCCUUAAAAAUUUAGAAAGAUAGGCUUCUUUGCUCCUUGACUAGAAAGUUUCCAAACCUCUUUUUAACCUACAACUCACACAAGCCAACAAAGGGAAUGGAAAUUGGCCACAGCACUAUCACUGAAGGGUAAUAAUUAAUGAAAAAGGUGUCACUUACAGGGGUCAGUGACACAAAGUCUAUCUCUCUCUUGGAUUAGCUUUUCUAGCACUCUUUAAAUACUGUGUUGAUAGCAGCAGAGACCAAAAAGAAUGCAACAGACCAGAACAUUUUAAACCUCUGGGAAGAAAAAUAUAAAAAUAAAGCUGUUUUCAUAGCCUUAAACAACUUUUUACACUUCUUUUUCUGUGGUAGUAAUUGUGAUAUUUACCACUUCUUGUGGGCCUUUUUUGUGCUAAACAACAUGCGUAUUUUUAAUUAUCAACAAUCCCACAAAUAGGAAUCGUCUCAAUUUUACAGUUAAAGAAACUUAGACUCCAUGAGGUUAAGAAGUUAUAGCUCUGUGUAGAAUCUUAGGAAGACUUUCUCAUUAUGAAAUAGAUCACAUUCAAAAUAUACAACAGAAGUAACAAAAAAAAAAAAACCACACAAAUUGAUAAACACUUCCAAGAGAUCUCUUACAAGGCACCAGCAGUGAAGGUUCAGCACCUCCUGUGGGCUGAUCCCUUGUGGUUGAUGGGGAUAUGAAGCAACUGAAAUACAGUCAGGUGGGCACUCCAUUUUCAAGCCAGCUGAUUACAAGCUGAACACCCUUGGUGUUAUCUACAAAGACAUGGAAAGGGGGACCUGCGCCUCUUCAGGGCUACAGUGGUACUGACUAGAGUCACAUCUUGUGAUCAGGAGAGUUCCUCCAGCGCUCUUUGUGCACAGCAAACCUGAUACUCCUCAGAAAGUUCCACAGCCAAAGAGUGGGCAUGUGACCUACAAUCCAGGGGCCCCAACAUCAGGACCUGUCUCCCCAGCAGCAACCCCUGGAUUGAGUUAUUUAACUGCUCUGGACCUGAGUCGCACUGACCAUAGAAGAGGGCGUAUUUCUCAGAACAGUUGGAAACUUAUGCUGGCCUUUUGUACAAGUCAUACCAAGCUCCUUCGAAGAACAGAUGACCAAUCUGGAUUAUCUUAAAGGUGGAAAUGGGCUUUUUAAGGGGGAGAGGUGACUGCUACCAGGAAGCCAGAGAUUUCCACCGUUCUGUGACCCUCCUUUCUCUGCAUUCUUCAGGACGGGGCUAGAACCUGAGUUUACCCCUUCUCCUUGUGAGAAUGUGUCUUCAGGAGCUUAUUGAUAAUUCUGUCUUUCAGCACAAAUUUGUGAAGUUGAGGUCCCUGCCAAUUGAUAGUCACCUUGUGGCUUGAACCUGUCAGUCCAAAAGAAUAAAUAUCUACCUUUGGAUUCAUUUAUAGUGAAGGAUGGUGCAGAGCCAGGAUGCCUAAGUGUCACCUCCUGCAGUUCACUGACACAUGGAGUCCUUUUGACAGGUGCCCAAGAGUUUCUUCUUCCUAUUUAUUAAAACGUAUACUUUUAGAGUGUUUUUUUUUUAACCUCUUUCCCCCUUUCCUUCUUGUUCUUUCUUCCCUCUUUGUUCUUCUUUUUCCAUCUCCUUGUCUUUUUAACGCUCUCCUCUCCUCUCUCCCUUUCCACUCUUCUUGUCUGCAUUUUACUCAAACACCAUAUAAUAAAUCCAGCAAAUGCUCAUAAAAAUACCAAUUCCAACCACAAAAAUGGCAGCACAGCCUCAAAUUGGAAAAAAUUUGGAAAAACAAACAAAUCAUCAAAGACCAAAGACUAUAAAGAUGGGAUUCGCUGUGAGAUAUAUUUUAUAAUGAAAAUUCUGCUAUAAAGAAGCAUCUUUUAAUUUUUUUUUCCUUGAUAUAGUCUGAAUAGUUUAUACCUGAUGCCAAGAAAUUAUAUAUAAUUAGUCUGGGUAAUAUAUAAUUUCCAUUUGAUUAUAUAUAUUAAAGUGAUUAAGGAACUUCAGUUUUCACUAGUAAAUAUCUGCCUUCUUUGUUGCAUUCUGGGUUUGUAAUGACUGUUUAUAUCAAGGGUAGCACUCAUUCAGAACUGAAGGGAGCAAACGUUGGAAUGCUUUAACCAAGACUGGUUGCCUGACGUCUGUGAAUCUGGGAGAUAACAUGAAGUUAGCUAUAUUUUGGAAAAAACGGAAGAGAUUUCAGGCCAAUUCCUUGAAACCAUCAUGUAGUUUUGCAUGACUUCCCAUAAGAAAAUUGCAUAAGGCCGGACACGGUGGCUCACAUGUGUAAUCCCAGCACUUUUGGAGGCUGGGGGGGGGGGAGUCACCUGAGGUCAGAAGUUCGAGACCAGCCUGACCAACAUGGUGAAACCUUGUCUCUCCUAAAAAUUUAAACAAGUAGCCAGACGUGGUGCUGAGUAACUAUAUUUCCAGCUACUCAGGAGGCUGAGACAGGGGAAUCACUUGAAUCCAGGAGGCGGAGAUUGCAGUGAGCCAAGAUCGUGCCACUGCAUUCCAGCCUGGAUGACAAAAGUGAAACUUCAUCUUAAAAAAGAAAAAAAAAGCUGCAUAAAACAGCAUAGAUGAGAAGGCAUAUUUUAGGAUAAUUAUUCAGUUAAGUAUGUGACAUCACCAAUAUUUUUAAUAUUGCAUAGAGUAAAAUGAAAUUUUUGACAUGUCAGUUUUUAAUUAAUGACUUGUUUGCCUUUUAUAGAUUACUUUCAUAUGUUUAUUCCACAUAUUUUAUAGCAGUUUUUCUUUUUCCAAUUAGAGGAUGGAUUUCAUCCUUUAUCUUUGCAGGUAGCUGAUCCAAGACAUUUUUAUGUAAAUGGAUUAAUUAAUUAGUAGCCUUUAUUUGAAACUUAAAAAGAAAAUAAUCCUUUUUGAGAGGCAUUAACUGUUUUUUAAAGCCACAAACGAUUCUUUACUUAAGCACCUUGUCACACAAUUAGAAAUUAUUUGACAGCAUUAAUCAUAAUAAAAUGCAUUACCCUUUACUGAAUCACCUUUUUUUCAAGCUAAUUAAAAGAAUCCAUUUCCUAGGAGACUGUACAGCAACUUCACUUGUAAAAAUCAUAUUUUUGGGGAACUUAACAGUACAUAUUUGUGAAACUUUUGAGCAAAUGACAUCACAGGUUCAAUUACCUGUACAGCCUUUGUGAGAAGGCAUCUGGCUACAGAGAUGUGCUGGGUUCUAGGAAAGGCAGCUGCUACAUCUGGCCUUUUUUGAGAGCCCUUAAGCCCCUCUGCUUUCCAACCCUCGGAUUUAUGCAAAUCAGAAAUCUUUGGCGGUCUCCACUUCCUGGCCAGGCCAGCAUAAUCCACUUCCUUCGGGUUCAUGUGACCAUGCAAAUUUGAGCACUCCUGAAUAGUCCCAGAGGGGCUGUGCCUCUCAUUAUUCCUGCCCCAUUCUCUGUGCAGUGCAAGCAUUCAGACUAUGAAUGGACAAGGAUUUAAUUACUCACCACAUCUGUCAGAUCAGAUUCAACUUGAGAAUGAAGAGAAUCCCAGACAAGCCCAGUCGUUUCUUUGCAAUGUUCUUCAUGGCCGAGGUCAUCCAGCUCUGUCUUCUAGGGAAUAUUUUCCACUCCUUGUUUCAUGACCUUCUGGAAAGCAGGGACUCUGGCUUUUGGAGAUCCAUUACUGGGCCCUUCACAUUGUGUGUGGCCUUUGCAAAUGUUAAUUAAUCUUGCUGAUGAUGCACUGAGCAUCAGGGAGCCCUUUAUUCCCCUUGGGCUACUGAUGACCAAUAUCGAUGCCAGAAAGUUUUCCUUACUGUUCCCUGACCCACAUGUUCCUCUCUGGGUGUGCUUUGCUGGUUUUCCCGUCUCUCUGAUAUGUUUCCACAUGGCAGAUUGACUGCUUACAUUACUAGGUCAGCCAGAGUUGACAUAGUAAAGGUGGACGGUCCCCAAGUAGAGAAUAUAUCUCCAGUUCCAAGGCUAUCAGCCUUCCCAGGAAAAUGUGCAUAAUGGCAGGCAGGAAGGAAGGUAUCCACUGGGGACCAGAUGAUUCUGCUCAGUGAAUGGGCACUAGCAGCCCUUCCCCUAGGUUUAUUUCCUCACUGGGAUUAUCUGGGUUUAAAAGGAGAUUCUUGGCACGUUUAGCUCUGGAAUACAAGGUUCUUUGGGCUGUCAUGGCGUUUUGAGGGUUUUAAUUUUAUUUUUUAUUUUAACAUUUUUUUUUGCUUUUACCUUUUUAAAAUUGAAAUUUGUAUAAAAUUAACCAUUUGAAAGUAUACCAUUCAGUACAUUAUAAUUUUACACAACCCUCAUGUCUACCUAGUUCCAAAAUGUUUUCAUCACCCCAAAAGAAAGCCCCUUACCCAUUAAAUAGUCCCUUCCCAUUCCCCCUAGCCCCUGUCUCUAUGGAUUUACCCACACUGGAUAUUUCAUAUAAAUAGAGUCACGCAAUAUGUGACCUGUUGUGACUGGCUUCUUUCAUUUGGCAUGAAGUUUUUGAAGUUUGCCAUAGUGUUUUACUGAGGCAUUCUCUGGCGUAGGUGUGUUUAUUAUUCGGUCAAAGUUAUUCAUGUGUUCUCUGUUUUGGGUAAUGUCAUUACCAUGUAUGGAAGCCUGAGAGUCAGCUGGGACCUCUCCUCUUCUCUCACUACUGUUGUAUAAUUGUUCUUUAAGUCCUGUGGAUUCCGCAUUUGCAAUACUGCUAGUCAGUUCUCAUUUACAUUCUUUUUUUUUUUUUUUUUUUUGAGACAGAGUUUUGCACGUGUUGCCCAGGCUGGAGUGCAGUGGUGUGAUCUCGGCUCACCACAACCUCCACCCCUUGGGUUCAAGCCCUUCUCCAACCUCAGCCUCCCAUGUAGCUGGGAUUACAGGCACCCGUCACCAUGCCUGGCUAAUUUUUCAUUUUUAGUAGAGAUGGGGUUUCACCAUGUUGCUCAGGCUGGUCUCAAACUUUUGACCUCAGGUGAUCCACCCAUCUCAGCCUCUCAAAGUGCUGGGAUUACAGGCAUGAGCCGCUGUGCCCAGCCUUCAUUUACAUUCUAACUGCUUUUGCCCCUUUCAAAUGCUAUUCCUGCCCAGUUUGUCUUUCUCAGACAUAGACCCAUCUGCCCUUCUCAGUACUCUCCAGUGGCUCCUCACCACCUCAAAAUAGGGUUCAAGGUCCUUACCAGCAGGCCAAGGCUGUUCACAAUCUGUUCCUCCUCUCCCUCCAUCAUUCCCAUCCCUCGCCUGUACACCAUGUCUGAGCCAAGCACAUUAGACUGCUGGGGGGUCUCUUGCUGAUGGUGCACACUGCCUCUUGCAUCCCUUCAUGUGUCCUGUUCUCUCCCCACAAUGAUAUUCUUCCUCUCCCCACAAAUGCAGGGGUCCAUUCCUUCUUUAUAAUCUUGCAUUUUACCUUCUCAUCUUACCUGGCCCAUUAAUCAGAAUGAAUUCCUCCUUUCUCCCUAAGUCUGGCAUUUUAUUUAUCAUAGUACUUAUCACAACCAGUCUUGAAAAGGGCUCUUUGAAAUUUCAGUCCUUUUCUCACUAAAUUCUGAGCUUCAUGAAGGGAGAAAUCUUGUCUUACUCAUUUUAAUAGCGAGCAGCAACCAUUGUGUGCGUGUGUGUGUGCGUGUGUGUGUGACAGAGUCUCACUCUGUCACCCAGGCUGGAGUGCAGUGGCAUGAUCUUGGCCCACUGCAAUCUCCACCUCCUAGGUUCAAGGCAUUCUCCUGCCUCAGCCUCCCAAAUAGCUGGGAUUACAGGUGCCCACCACCAUGCCCGGCUAAUUUUUUUGUAUUUUUAGUAGAGAAAAAUGGCCAACAUUUCACUAUGUUGGGCAGGCUGAUUUCAAACUCCUGACCUCAAGUGAUCUGGCCACCUCGGCCUCCCAAAGUGCUGGGAUUACAGAUGUGAACCACCAUGCCCAGCCCUCAAUAAAUAUUUUGUUGAAUGAUUUGAAUUUUCUUCUCUAAAGAAAAAACCAUGAGCCUAUAAGGACCCCCGAGUCAUGGAGAAAACCAGUCUGAAGGAAAGUAACAAGAACUAACAUUUAAAAUAGUAAUUACGUUUAUCUUCUAUUGAAUUUAAAGCUACCCAUAGUGACUCACCAGUUGUAAUUCGCAGAAAAUGCAACUUUGCUUUUUUUCCCCUUCUGAUUAUGUUCUUCAUUACAAAUCUCAAGAGUUUUAUAUGCAGUUGCCAAAAAUCUUUCUUUUGACAAAUUGCACAGGAGGCAUUUUGAGAUUGUGUGAUAGACUCGAUUGAAUUUAGGCCAAGUCCUGUACACUUGUUUCACUCAAAACAAAAAUGCAGAUGUAGGGCUACUCAAACAUUUACCUAUUUAUUUUCUCCCAACCCUCCAAAUUCAUCUUUCUUUAAAAACAAUCAAUCAGAUUCCUUUUAAAUUAAAUGCCAAGUAAACAAUGCAAAUAAAACUAUUUUGUUUGCUGAGAAGUAAUUGAAAAUCUGCAACUAAUUACAAAUUGGCAAGCUCCGAGCCUACAAAUAGCUGAAACACUCUGCUGAGGCAUUGUUUACAGCUGGGUUCAAAACCGGUUUCCUUACACCAGCCAUCCACAAGUUAUUAAUCAAUACUUUGCCAAGUUCUAUACCUCACCUUCAAAAAAUUGUAAUAAACAUUUCAUUUUCAAUAUGGGCUUCAUAAACAAAGCUGUUAAAAACUAGAGGAGGUUUAAUUGGUUAGAACACACAAAGCCUGCUCUUGGGUUAUGUGAAUUGGCUUCUCGUUUAAAUACCCUGUUCUUCCUCAACUGCUCAGGAACCUGCAACCUAGUUGAAAUUAAUAUUCUGUCGGUCUGGUCACUGAGUCCCCUAUGGCACUCUAAGUGCCACAAGACCUGCUUUAAUUGCAGUUCUGGAGAAAAGCAACAUGUUCAUGGACCACAGAGACACAGGGACAACGAAUGUAAUUUGGCUUUGUGACAUGCAGGUAAAGUAGAAUUUACACUGUGGUGAAAUUCAAAAUAUGCAUUUUUUAAAAUGUUUUUUUAUUUAAGUAUAGUAUAUGUUUAUUAUAUAUGUCUAUAUAAAUAUAUUUUUUUCCUAAAUAUGUGUGUGUGUGUGUGUGUGUGCACGUGUGCAAUUUUUUUUUUCCUAAAUGCUCUUCCUCCAGAUCUUCACUUGGCUGGCUCCUUCUUUUCCUUCAGUUGAGUGCCACUCCUCAAAAAGACUGUUCACCUUACCUAAUAUCUCAUAUUUAUUUCCUUUCUUCAUUUGUUUACUUGAUUAUUGUGAUAUACCACCUCUAGAUUGUAAGCUAUGCAAGGACAGACUCCUUGUCUAUCUUAUUCACUAGUCUCUAGAACUACUCUCUCUAACCCUAUUCUUUAAUAAUAGGGCCUGGCACAUGGUAAGUUUUGAUAAGUAUUGGAUGGGCAGACGUUUAGAUGGGUGGGAGGGUGGAUGGAUGGACUAAAGCGAUGAAUGGGGGAAUAGAGUCAGGUUGGUUGGGACGAGCAGCAGAGUUAAGAUAGAAAUUGAAUGCCAGGAAAAGGCACGAUUCUAAAAGUGGCUCCUCUGAUAAGAAACCAAAGCCUGUUAUAAAUGCCAAAAUUGGAAACAAGUGUACAACCUAGCAUGCAUUUAGCCAUGAGAGAUGGUGAGAAGUGCUGCAUAAGGAUUUCUCUUCAGUGUUCACAAGGGUUGUUCUGCGGAAAAACAAUUUAACCGUCUCUGGUCCCAAAGGGUUGAACCGGAACCAACAAGUGGAAAUGACUCAAACACAUAUUGUGCCUUUAAAUGAGGAGCUUUCUCCCUGAAAGAGCCGCCCUGGAUAGAACACGGGUAGUGAGAUGAUGCUGGUGGAAGUGUUUAUACAUACAGUGCAUAAGGAUUCAGCAAGGAGGCUGUCAAAGGGGAAACUGACAUCAAAUGUGCUGUGGUUUUGGGUCACUUAUCCGGUCCCUUCCCAUCUCAAAGCUUGAUGCUUCUGUAAUAAUCAAGGGAGAAACCCAUGAUACAGUGGGCAGUUAUUUUUUAAAAGAGGAAUUUUAAUGAACUGUGGAUUAUUCAUUUUGUCCCAUAAGAAGAUAACUGAAAAAUGACCAAAAUGAACUGAACAAAAAUGUUCAAACAAAAUAAUAGGGCUGAAUUUUUAAAGUCUCUUCCACAUCUUCUGUUCCCUGGGAUGCCUUAGACAGGGGUGUGCAGUAUUUUAGGCACAUCGUGAGCAAGGCGCCUGCACUCCCAGGGGGUGGCAGGGACAGCAUGGAAGGUCUUCAUCCAGCUCUCUGAUCUUAAGGCACAGCCUCGGUGUGUGAAACACAGGGGAACCUCAAAAAUAGAACAAGAGCACUCCAUCCAUGUGAAGAUGACUGUCAAGGUCACCGAGACCUACAGUGAUCUGGCAAAUUAAAGCUGUCUCUGGCCGCCUUUCCUUUCAAAACAUACUUCUGGAGAUUAAAAAAAAAAAAAAGACUACAAAUUGGUGAUUUUCUGAUGCUGAGUCAUUUUUCUUGCAGUUCUUUCUGCUUUUCCUGUUUAUUGUUGGUUUGAUAGCUGACCAUAGAAUCGGUGCCUUUCAGCAAGUGUUAGGGAGAGAGCUGAGGAUGGAGAUAUAGGGCCCCUCUAGGCACAUUUAGGCAGGGAUGUACAGGGCCUCCUGCAAGCUCUCAGAUGUCCAGAGAUCAAGAUGAGUGUCUUCUCUGAUUAAUGAAGUUUGGAUUAUUCACUGUACCACAAUCUAGUUCUUAUCCUUGUCAAUCACUGGGGCAAAUGGAAUACUGCGAAUAGAAUGUGGGAAGGGAGUUUAGAUUCCUUACCUGGUUUCUAGCCAGUCUGAUUCAUUGUCUGACCAGAGAGGCCUCAUUUGGGUCACGUAAAGUGGCACCAUCCCUGGUGAGCUCCCUUACUGUUCUCUGUGCCCAUGCAUCCCUUCACUCAUCCUGGUAGGCCCAGCUUCAAUGUUACCUUCUGUUUGAAGCUCCCCAAGCCUUCAGGCAGAAUAACCAGUGUUUCCUCUGUGCUUCCUCACUCUCCUCUAUACCGCAUUUGUCAGUUUAUGUUAUGGAUUGUUCUGUACAGACUUGGCUCUCCUGUGAGGCUAGGAGAUCCUUGAGAAUGGGGAAUGUGUUUGCUUUUUUCUUUAUGUCUAGGAUUCAGCACAGUUCUUGGUCAAUGAAUGUGCGAUGAAUAGGAAAACACAUGACUGGACACCUGAAAUAUUAAAGGAAUUAAUAUUUUGUAGGUAGAGAAAUCAAGACGUAUAAAGUUCAGAGUGAAAUUGAUCUUUUCUCUCCAAUUCAGUCUGAUUAAAUGGUGACAGUUUCUUCCUCUCAUGAGCCACCUGGAUCUUAAUGGUUAUUUUCUUACAAGACUGUUGAGUUUACAAUAUGACAGAACUGUGUUUACCUUGGAACGAGGGCUGUCCUCUAUUAAGAAGCUUUCAGUGUAGCCCGAGAGUCAAGUUAUGGAGUUGUGGGCAAAAAGCCAGUAAGGAAAACCUUGAGGAGAAAGCCCUCAUGGAUGAGAAAUGCUUUAUCAUCUGGUCCCUGAAUCUUACGGAAUUCAGCAGUGACCUCGCCAAACGAUCCCACAGUGAGGGCUUAACACGUUCCACGGCCUGAACUCGCUCUGAAUGGACUCCAGAUUCCCGAUGGUGCAUGCAGCCCCUCAGGGUCAGAGGCCAUCAUGCUGCCAAUCAGACAAGGCAGGUGGAAUGUUGCACAGCUGCACUCUGGUCGCAUUUCCCAACACCUCCCUGUCCCAUGAUGCUUGCACGUCGACAUGCUGUUCCUGCCACCUUGUCAUACUUGUAUGUGUGGAGAGCCUGUCCCCAGUGCUGUUUUCUCAGGACAAGCUCAACUUCACUUCCUCCCGCCUUAUCAAACUCUUUGUUUCCAAAAUUGUUAAUCAAGCCACUUGGGGGGUUGAACUCAACUCCUCCCUCCCAAUAUCCUCCCAGCUCAAAGUAAUGAGAAGAGCAAUUGACCAUAGUGAGGAAGUCCAUGGUCUCCAUUUUCCCCAGUCUAUCAUGCCUUGGAUGGUUAAGGCUGUUGAAUAUUGUCAGUUGCAUGUCCCACAUGCUAAUGGUGGUUAUUUGGCCAUCUCUGCUUCAACCCCAGCUUUAAAAAACCAUAUGGCCCCAGAUUCUUCAGUGCCACAGCUAUGGUACUCUUCCAUGCUAAGAGACUUAACAGAUGAAAUACGGUUUUCCGAACCUCUUUUCAUUUAGCAUCGAAAUAACAAGCGAUGUCUUGUAUUUCAACAGAGACUUUCUUUUCACUCAGUUACUCGGCGAAGAAUGUGCCCUUGUCUCUGCUGUAGAUUUUUAUUUUAUUUGUAAAUUGUGCGUGCUGCAUGCUACGGAAUACUGAAAAGCCAUACACCCUGGCUUGUUGGUUGACACAUAGUAUGUGUGAUUACAGAUUGUUUGAAUAACAGUGGACUAUUGAACUGCCAUCCAGAUGUGUGUGGAGUCAACUGUGGGAAUGUCCACAAAGGAGGAUUAUCUUUCUUGUUGCUGGGGCCAAGGCCCCCAGAAAGUGGAAACAUAAGCGUGGCAGCUACUCAAAUAGAACAGUAGCUACAAAUGGCUCUUCAGAAGCAAAAUUAAUCAUUUUUUUAAAUUAUGCCUUGCAAUUAAGACUGGGUUUGUUCUCUAAAAGUAAAUCAUGCAAAGAAAAUGCCAAACAAUAACCAAAAAAUUGCAGCUUUGAAUGCCCUUUGUGAAUGCUUUCGUCAUUUUGUGUUUUUAAAUGUCUGGAAAUUCAGAAUAUUUUAGAUUCAAGAUAAAACCUGAACCAGUGCAAGCCUCUUAGGCAUCAUCUUGUAGAUUUGAUCUGUGUUUCCUGCACUCUCUGCUAUUUUCUGUACUGUUCAGGAUACUGUAAGCAUUGAUUGGUUGGUGUUCACAAAUACUGGCCAAAGACAAACAGUGCAAAAUUCCUCCUGUGAACAUUUUCUUUCUGUUUGUUUGUUUUUUGUUUUUUUUUUUUUGAGAGUGCAGUGGCACACUGCAACUUCCACCUCCUGGGUUCAAGCGAGUCUCCUGCCUCAGCCUCCCAAGUAGCUGGGACUAUAGGCAGUUGGCACCAUGCCUGGCUAAUUUUUGAAUUUUUUUAGUAGAAAUAGGGUUUUAUCAUGUUGGCCAGGCUGGUCUUAAACUCCUGACCUCAAAUGAUCUGCCCACUUUGCCCUCCCAAAGUGCUGGGAUUACAGGCAUGAGCCACCAUGCUCAGCCUUGAACAUUUUCUUUGAAAGAUAUUGGAACCACAAUGAAACACCACUUCCCACCUGCUAGAAUGGCUAAAAUAAAACAGACAAUAACAAGUGUUGACAAGGAUAUGGAGAAAUUGGAAUGCUCAUAUGCUGCUGGUAAGAAUAUGAAAUGGAGUCACCACUUUAGAAAACAGUUUGGCAAUCCCUUAACAUGGUAAAUAUGGAGUUUACCCUAUGAUCCAGCAUUUCCAUGACAAGGUGUCUGUAUCCAAGACCAGUGAAAACCUAUGUCCACAUAAAAACUUAUACAUGAAUAUUUAUAAUAGUCAAAAAGCAGAAGCAACUUAAAUGUCCACCAACUGAUGAAUGUAUAAAUAAAAUGUGGUCUGUUGUUCAGCCAUGAACAGGAAUGAAGUACUAAUCCAACACGGAUAAACCUGAAAACAUGCUCUGUAAAAGAAGUCAGACACAAGAGACCACAUAUCAUAUGAAUCCAUUGUAUGAAAUGUCUGGAGUAAGCAAAUCUAUUGAGACAAAAAGUAGAUUAUUAGUGGUCAUGGAAAGCACUGGAGAGGGGAAAUUAAGAGUAACUGUUAAUGGGCCAGGUGCAGUGGCUCAUGCCUCUAGUCCUAGUACUUUGGGAGGCUGAGGCAGACAUAUCACUUGAGGUCAGGAGUUCAAGACCAGCCUGGCCAACAUGGUAGAAUUCCUGUCCUACUAAAAAUAGAAAAAUUAGCUAAGUGUUGUGGCAGACACCUGUAAUCCCAGCUACUCAGAAGGCUGAGUCAGGAGAAUCACUUACUUGAGCCUGGGAGGUGGAGGUUUGCAGUGAGCCAGGAUCACGCCACUGCGCUCUAGCCUGGGUGAUACAGCAAGACUCCAUUUCAAAAAAAAAAAAAAAGGGUGACUGUUAAAAGAUAUUGGGGUUUCCUUUGGAGUGAUGAAAAUCUUCUACAAUCGAUAUUGAUGAUGAUUGUACAACUCAGUGAACACACUAAAAAUCUUUAAAUUUUACACUUUAAAUAAGUAACAUGCAUGGUAUGUGAAGCAUACCUCAAUAAAACUGUUUAAAAAUGAAGGCAAAUGAAGAAAUUUUCAGAUAAAAAAUUGCUUAAGGUAUUUGAAGGUAGUUUUUAAAAAAUUGUACCUAUAAUUAGGGUAUCUUCGAAAAUCACAUAUCUGAACUUUUUUUUAGCAGCGUAGAAAAAAAGGGGGAAAUGGUUUUCAAUUUAAGAGUUUAUAUCUUUUUUUUUUUCCUGGAAUGAAAGAUCUGUUACUUGUUCAACAGUGUCAGUGCUAUCUCUGGUUGGAAUCUACAGCAGUCAGUUGGUACCAAGCCAUCAAAUACCUAGAUUUACCUUUGUGCAAUAAAAAUGCAUAUUGCUAAAAGGACUUUUAGUGCACAAAGGUAAAUCUAGGUAUAGAUUCAUAUCAUUUUGAACCUAUUUUAAAUUCUGCAGCAAGUGGGUAAAAAAAAAAAUUAAGGCUGGGCGCGGUGGCUCAAGCCUGUAAUCCCAGCACUUUGGGAGGCCGAGACGGGUGGAUCACGAGGUCGAGAGAUCAAGACCAUCCUGGUCAACAUGGUGAAACCCCAUCUCUACUAAAAAUACAAAAAAUUAGCUGGGCAUGGUGGUGCGUGCCUGUAAUCCCAGCUACUCAGGAGGCUGAGGCAGGAGAAUUGCCUGAACCCAGGAGGCGGAGGUUGCGGUGAGCCGAGAUUGCGCCAUUGCACUCCAGCCUGGGUAACAAGAGCGAAACUCCGUCUCAAAAAAAAAAAAAAAAAAAAAAUUAAAUUAAAUCACAAAACGUCAGGCAAGUCAAAGGAAACAAAGAAACAAAUAGGAAAUUCUCUCUAGAUUCUGUUCCCACUCUACUUUCUGUAGUUUGAUCUAAAGAAAAAUGUGGAAUUUCCUGCAGGGUGAUUAAUAGGCUAGUGUGGUGACUGAUUGGCACUCCAAGCUUGACCUUGCAGGUAAAGGCUAACUGGUACGUUAAGUUGAUUACACAAUUUCCUCUAAAUAAGUUGACAAGUGGUUUGCACAGUUGCCUUGACUUUUGCCCUUAUAAAUGCACACUUUUAAAUGAAUUGCUUUUUCAGCUAAAGCAAUCCUUAUUUUAGAUGUGACGUGUUAAGUAAACAGCUUGAUACGGAACUCCAGCAUCCUAGGCUUCCUGGCCAGGUCAGAUUAUCAGAGUUGCUAGGAAAUUUGAGUUUUGAGCCUCAAACUCAGCCCUGAGAUGUGGUUGUAUCCCUAGGGCAAAAAAAAGCCAAAACUAUUUUUCUUCCCUCUAGUAUUGUGAAGCAGACUAGGGGACUUGAGAAGAUGUAUUUCACAAAUGGCUCAAAAUCCUCCAGGAGUAGAGGCUGCUACUAAAUGGUUUGGUUAAUUCUAGUUCUUUGUACAGAGCGCCUUUCAGGAUGUCAAGUUUGUAGGAAAAUGCAGCCUUUGGUUGGUAUUUCUUCAAAAAUAGGACAGAGAAAAGAUUUCCAGUUGGCAUCUCUGUUCUAUGGUCAUUUUCACAAGAAGAAAAUGUCCAUUUAUAGUUCAGAGAAUAUGAGAUAUUUUGUUUUACAAAUGUACUACUUCCUUCCAUUUAAGGGGAGAGUUACAAAAAGCUCUGAUAAAUGAACAGGAAAUACAGUUUCAGAUAAUAAAUCAAAAUGCUCUUUAGGAAAAUAACUAUUUAUUUGUAGAUUCAUAAGCCACCUUUAUGGAACCUAAUAUAUCCUGAUUUGAUAAGCAAGAGGAGAUUUGCUAAUGUUGUUGAUUUAUCUGGGACCUAUUGGUGUGUGUGUGUGUGUGUCUCUUUCUGAAUGAGUUAAACAUUUGGAAAAUGAAUUGAUUUUUAUUUGUAUAUACAAAGAUAAUACCAUUUAUGCUUUCCAGGUCUAGAAUAUGACAAGCCUUGAGUUCAUCUGGAAAAUAGAACAUUAUUAGGACUCAGAGGUUAAAUGUACCCUCCCACCAUCAAAGUCUGUGAAUGCUCCCCUGCAACAAUGUGCAGACCCAUUAUAAACCAUCUCCAUUCAUGUUAACUCUUACAAAAGAUGAAACUCGUCAGGCUUAAAAUGUUUACUGCUUUCCAGAGAUGACUCAUGCAGUAAUCUUUUUAUUUAUUUCAUUAUUUCACUCCGUCGUCUGGAGGUACUCAUAACAAAAGGAUUGCUUCCACCCUCUGGCUGGGGCUGGCUGUGUACUUGGUAAGGACAGGGCUUGUCCCUCCUGCCAUGUGGCUUCUUUUUGCAAGUCAUCAAUACGAAGUAACCAUUAACUAUUAACAACAUCCUUCACUCAUUUCACUUCCUCCCCAGCUGCCCAGCGCCCUUUAGACAUGUUCAUGAGCCAGGGGGAGAUAUUUCAUGCCCAGCCCUCUCUGCCUAUGGAAGGUUGGAGUCUCCUGAGGUUUGGAUUUAAACUCUGCAUGGUAAACCCAAGUUUCAGUAACCUCCCACCCCAGUGCAUCAGUCAGAGAAGUUUCUGCUGCCUCUCACUUUCCUCUCUCAAGAGAGAACACUCUUAAAAGGGAAAAGAAAAAAUAGUAUUUCGGUUAUAUACAUUUUUAUUCAAAUAUUUUAGAAAUAAAAAAUAUAGGACAUAAUAUAAUGAACACCUUUCUUCCUGGUAAAAGCUUAAGAAUUAAUAUUUUACAAAUACAAUGAAGCCCCUAUUCAACCUCAGGUUUUCUUAUGAGAUCAUUUCUGCAGCAGCUUGAAGAAAUUCACAUCAAAUACCAACACCUUCCCUGUGAAAGGAAAGCGGGAUGAUAUAUUCAUGGAGGAAGCAUGGACUUUUCCUUUGUUGGUUUGCAUUUUUAAUAUUCCACAUAUUUGAACCAUAAGAAAUUGCCAGUAUUCAAUUAUUUUCUACUUACAGAAAUGUCAGUUUUAUAUGGGUCAGCCUCAUAGCAGAGAAACAAAUGUCCCUUGCACAUUACAGAAAAAACCUAAAUCAAACUCACUUCUCCUCUUGUAUAAGCUAUUCGCUUAGCCUCAGAAUUAGCUUCCCUGCCUUAAUUCUCAACCCCUUCCAUUUCAACCUCCACUCUCUUGCACAACCACAUAGAUAAAUCUGAUUAAAGUUAAAUCUGGCUAAAAAUUUAAAAAUAUUUUAUUGCAGAAAUAUCAGUGAUUGGUUAGGUGUGCCGCCUUCAGAUUCUGCCAGAAGUGAUAUGGAACAUAUGGCAUAUGCUCAUAUUCCCCCCACCACACUUUCCUCCUCCUCCUUCCUCUUCUUCCUCUCUCUUCUUCUCUCUUCCUCUCUCUUCCUCUUCCUCCUCUUCUUCUUUUUUUUUUUUUUUUUUUUUGAGACAGGGUCUGUCGUUCAUACUGGCACAAUCAUGGCUCACUGCAGCCUUGACCUCAGGCUCAAGUGAUCUUCCCACCUCAGCCUCCCAAGUAGCUGGGACUACAGGCAGGCACCACCAUGCCCGACUUAUUUUUAAAAUUUUUGUAGAAACAAGGUCUUGCUGAGUUGCCAGGGCUCAUCUCAAACUCCUGUGUUUAAGCCAUCCUCCUGCUGAGCCUCCCAAAAUGCUGGGAUUACAGGCAUGGGUGAGCCAAAGCACCCGGCCCACUGUUGCACUUUCCAUGUUGUCCCUUAACUGUGCAUCAACGUUCCUCCCUGACGGAGCUCUUAACAAGCCAGCUACAUUGCAGAGACAGCAUGCUAAGCAUCUUGUCUCAUUUCAUCCUCACAGCAAAAGGAGAUAUUCAGGGGUAGAACAGGUUUUGUGGGACCUGAAGCCUUUGUAGUUUGGGGUACGUACCCUCUGAAAGAAAGGUUAAACUCAAAGUUAGUUAUGAAAGUUAAUGAUUGUUUAGGUCAACAAAAGAAAGUACAACACAUUUUUAAAAGUAGGCACAUACUACAGACACCAUAAAAUGUAGAGAAAAAGUAGUUGUAUUAAUUAACUGAUUAACACACAUUUACAGCACUUUUUUCCCUAUGUGUUUUGACUGCAUAUUUUUGGCCAUUUCUUCAUAUAAUAAUUAUUUUAUGACUUUUUAAAUGGAGAGAACAGGAGGAUGGUUAAUUCUUCCUUUAGCAUCAUUGACCAGAACUUGUUUUUUUUUUUUUUUAUUUAUUAUUGAAAGCUUUAGAAAAGCUUCUUAGGCUCCAUGGUUCAUUAUUACUAAUGUCAUGGAAGUUUUUAAGAUCGUUGUCAAAUGAAAAGAUCUCUCACCUUUUUGUCCGUAUAUGAGCCGUAGGAUUUGGAUUUUUUUUUUUUUUUCGGACUAGUUUCUGGCUCUAAACAUUUUGUUUUUCUGCCAUCCACGUACCUCCAGCAUCGAGUGUUCUUGCUGUGGUUGCACCACAGUCAGACCUCUGAGCCUGCACCUUUAUGUCCCAGUGCUACGUGAGUUGUCCAUCUCCAGCUCAACACGGGUAUCAGUGAUUCAACCAAACAUGGAAAUGACUGUGAACAUGUGAUCGUACCUACUACAUCCAGAGUAGAUGAUCCCUAACUCAGCUCCCCCUUAGCUGGAUUCCAAAAGUGCUCACAGCCACACCAAUACUGUCCAACAUGAAAGGGAAUCAGAGUAGAAAGUCAGUAGUCCUAACCAUGCACUGCAUUUACUAUAUCUUAUUUUUACAGAUUUUACAAAGAUAUUUGGCCAAAUGAAUGUAUUGCUAAGACCUCUUUCAGGAUCUUGGAAGGACCCCAAACAAGUGAGGGACUAACCCUGAAGCCCAAAAUGAAGCUGAGAAGCCACAUUCACAUCCUAGGAGAUUUGUGUAAGGUUACUCAGGUAGCAAGAAGCGAAGCUGGGAUUUAAAGUCAGUCUUUAGAGGCCAAUUUAGUAAUCUUUUAAAUUAUGCUCUUUGCUGUCUUGUGUCACAAAAACCUCUCCUUUCCCUAUCCCAGCUUAGUGCUCAGUAAGUACAUAGCCACUGGUCAACGUUUGCUACAGAAAAAAUUGGACAUCUAAGUUUCAAAACAGAUUUGCUAUGUUCUCAUUUAUAUUAUGGCCAAAUCCCUUGAAGACUCUGGAAUUUCAUGUCUAUUUGAAAUCAAUUGUAUCAUGAUAUAGAAUUUCAGAUAACUCUGAACUACACAAAAUUCACUGCCUCUACUUCACCCAUGUUCUAGAAACCAUGCUGCUCUUCAUUCAGCUGUGAGUAUUUCUCAGCAUGCCCCAAGGACUGACAAAUAUAGCACAGUCCUUAGGUUUAUCCUGGCGUCCGUAAGAGUCACAGUUCGGAAAUGGUGUGGGGCACUCUUAAUUAGAAGGGGGACAGCCAGCAGUGGCCCUGCUUUCAGUGCCCUGGCACCUACAGAAAGAAAGCCUUUCUAUCUGAUAAACCCUCUGGUGUCUGCAGCCCACCACUGUACACAUGGGCGGAACUCGCUCUCACAGAACAAGUGUGUUUGCCAAAACAGGGAGUGAAGUAUCUUACAAGGCCACUUGUUCCAGAAGAAAGACAGGAUAAGGGAAGUGGCAGAAACAGUGAUAGGGAAGGAGUUUUUCCACGCUAACAAGCGUGAACCGAUAAGCCUGACCUUACAGACAAAUGUUGAGGGUCCUCAGAACAACUCUCAGGCCAAAAUUAACUGAGCAAAUUUGACUUGGCUUCCCAUAUUAUAAUGGAAAAAAUUCCUAGGGAGAAAGAAAACUCAACAUUGGCUGCUAUCAUGGCUGAUGGAUUUGACUUCUUAUCUGCUAGAUUUUCCUACUAGUCAAUGGAAUCACUUUCUACUAUGCCUGAACUAGAAGGUUUCAUGAUAAAAAAUAUAUUAAUAAUAUUAUCAUUCUUACAGUCCCUGGGCCAAGAAUGUUUACAUGGCUUAUCCCAUUUAAUUCUCACAAGAACCCUCUGGGGCUAUUUCAAUUAACAGGCAAAGACAGUGAGGCUCAGAGAGAUCCAGUCAUUUACCCAGCCCAGCCACACAGCCACCAAGCAGUGGAGGCUGGAUUUGAAUGAGGGCAGUCAGACUCGGGGGACUGUGCAUGUAUCCGCCGUUACACAGCAAGGUCCAUCUGAAUCGUGUUCCCCUCUCCCUCCUCAGGACUCCACCAGGCCUCCAAAUACUUCCCAUAAAAGGGGAAUGCCUUAAGACACUCUCUGAGUGUUACCCUGUGAUAUGUGUAAAGCACACAGGAGCUAUUUUUAUCAUCUGCCACAAGUAUUCUUAUUAAUAUGCAUUGUUUAAUGACGGGGAUAUGUUCUGAGAAAUGCAUUGUUAGGCACGUUCAUUGUGCAAACAUCACAGAGUGGACUUACACAAACCUGGAUGGUAUCGUCUGCUACACGCCUAGGCUGUCGGGUAUACUCAAUUGCUACGAGGCCACACUCCUGCACAGCAUUUUACUGUCCUGAGUACGGUAGGCAGUUAUAACACAAUGGUUAAGUAUUUGUGUAUGUAAACAUAGAAAAGUUACAGUAAAAAUACUGUACUAUAGCCGGGCAUGGUAGCUCACACCUGUAAUCCUAGCACUCUGGGAGGCCAAAACGGGUGGAUUGCCUGAGCUCAGAAGUUCGAGACCAGCCUGGGGAACAUGGCAAAACCCCAUCUCAACUAAAAAUACAAAAAAUUAGCCAGGUGUGGCAGUGUACGCCUGUAAUCCCAGCUACCAGCUACAGGAGAAUCGCUUGAAUGCGGGAGGCAGAGGUUGUAGUGAGCUGAGAUCACGCCAUUGCACUCCAGCCUGGGUGACAGAGGGAGACUCCAUCUCACAAAAAGAAAAGUAUUAUAACUACAGUUUCUGUUGUUGACUAAAACGUUAUGCAGCCCGUGACUAGAAUUGUCUUGUUUUGUUUUCUCUUGGGGUGCCUAGAAUAAAGCAUAAGAAUAUUGGUAAGGAUGCAGGCAAAUCUGUAUCGGUCCCUGAAAGCUUUAAUACAUGCUUGAUUCUUCACCCUUGUGUGGAGGCUGUGUUGUGUAGAAGGGAGCCCUCCAGGAGUAUGGAGAGAGUGGCUUCUUCCUUCUGGCAAACUCAGAGGUCUGCACUGCCCCCUUGGGGGCUGGAAUAGGGUUCUCCGUGUGUUUCCCAGUAUGAAGCAAUUCCCCUAGGAAGUUUUUGAAAAGUUUCCAGGGUGGCAGCCAUACUCACAUGGCCCACAUGGAGGGUGCAGUGGCAAUCCAACACCCAGACAGGGCCCUGAGCGAAACACCUCACCUGGGACUCCUAGACCAAAGCAGAGAGGAAGUGACGGAUCAAGGUGAUAAGAGGGAGCCUUAGGAGAAUGCGUACUCCAACUCGUCAUCUCAUAGGUGGAGAAACUGAGGCCCAGGUAGAGGAAGUGACUUGCUACAGGUCUCAGCUAAUUUCGGUGGAGCCAGCACUAGGAUUCCUGAUGGGAUACCCCUUCCACCAUAGGCUGCUGACAUGCCCACCUUAGGGCAGCAUCGCCCACCCAGACAGGUACCUCCCACGGCACAGCCUAAAUACACAGUGAUCGAUUAGUCAUACAGUGAUCCAAUUUGGGGUAGCAUUUGAAAAUUGUACUGAAAAAACAAUAAGCAGAGAGGCUGUGCCCUUUUUGCUCGGUGUAGAACACUAAAAAAGCUAUUUAAAUUAACUCUAUUUUAUUCAUACAGUUGGUGUCUCAUCUAUAAUAACACAUGUUGUCAUAUUACCUGAGCCAGUCAAGCCUUCUCCAGACUUCUAUUCCAUAGCAGAGAUGCAGGGAAAUUGCCCAGCAAGUCCUUUAUGACUCAUUCUGAAAGCUAAGGUGUGCCCUGGAUAAUUGUACACAUGUACAAAUCUCUCACACACAAAUGACACCUGUUACUCUUUUUUUCUUUUCCAUUGAGGCACCUUGUUUAAAUAUGCUUGUAAAGAGGUGGGAAAAAUCAAAUUAUUGUUCAUAUCUAAUCUAUGCCAUGAGAAUAUUUUUAGAAAACGUUUUGUCUUACAUGCUUUAAGUAUAUUCUUAUCCAAACCUUGGAGUUACAGAUUUAGUUCAUUCGAAGUAUGAAAAGUCUACUGUAUGACCUAAUGAGUAAAGCCAAUCUUCAUGUCCAAUAAAACAACCAGGUAGAAUGAUUGUUCUAACAGAACCAGUCUGGCUUCAUUUUUUUUCUGUUUAAAUAAAUGUGUUCGUACAUGAACCAAGGACAACAGCAUCACUUCUGUUCCAAUCCUAGGGUAGGUGGGAAACCAGCACAGUGACCUUAGGUGGACUUACGGAGUGUGGAGCUUUAAGCCUCUCUGUGAAUUUGGCAUAUGGGGCAGAAGGCACUGCCACCAUCAGUACUUCUUACUGACACUCUGCUUUGUCCUCACAAGACUUUUUCAGAAAAACCGCAUUCUUUGAAAAUGAGGUGGGGAUAGGAAACAUGAAAUCAUGGAGGAAGAUUGUCAAAGGUUACCCCACCCUAGUCACAAUACAUCCCAAUUCAGAUCAUCCCAGCAAGGGUGGAACACUGCUUCACCCUUGACAGGAGUACGUGUAGGAUGGGGAGAGAUUUGGAGCUAUAGCUUGGAUCUGUGGCCCUUGAUGAAAGGAGUCGCCAUUUACAGCAUUCCUCCAUACUGCCUGCCCCCAAGUAGCCUGUUCUGUCUACGUGUCCUGGCAGGUCACUGGGGUCUCUGCUAAAACACACACAUGUUUUAACACACACAUGUAAAAACCUCUAUGGAGGAUUUUACACUUCAGGCAGAGCUACUUAGUAAAGUGGGAGAAGACAUUUAAGGAAAGAGAGAAAAGAACUGUAAACACCUGGAUUGGUUUUAGCAAAUAAUACAUCUAGGAGUUAGGGACUUGGAAAUCAGUUCUCUUAAACUUAGCUAUACUCUAGUUUGAAGACUUAAAGAAAAAUCCUUGCAGAUACUGAUAAGAGGCCAUGUACCCAGACAAUUUUUGCAGCACUGGAGUAGCAGAAACUUAGAAGCAACAUAAAUGCUCAUCAGUCAGCAAAAGGGUCAGUGCAGUAGCGUACUAUAUAGCUGUUAAAUGAACCAUACACACAUAUAUGCACUUUGAACCUUACACUGAGUCAAAAGAUAAUUUUCAAACAUGCUAUAUACAGAGUAUCAUGCAUGUUUAUAGAUAUGUAAAUAUGUAGUAAAAGUAUAAAAACAGGGACAAGCUUCAGGUUAGUAGUUACCUACUACUAACCUGAGGUAGAGAUGAAUGGGGAGGAAGUGUCACCUGUAUUUGUGACACAUUAUCUUUUCGAAAGAGCAGCUCAGCCUACCAUUCUAUUAAAUCAAUUUUGUAUUUGGGGAAAAAUAAAGAGGCUUUUUUUUUAUUUUAUUUUUGCUUUUUGAGGUGGGGUCUCACUCUGUCGCCUACACUGGAGUGUGGUGGCACAGUCAUAGCCCACUGCAGCAUCAAAUUUCUGGGCUCAAAAACAAUCCUCCCACCUCAGCCUCCCAAGUAGCUAGAAAUAAAGAUGUGCACCACCAAGCCUGACAAAUUUUGUAAUUUUCGUUUGGCUGGUGUUUGAGAGAGGAGGUCUCACUGUAUUGCCCAGGCUGGUCUGGAGCUCCUGGACUCAAGGGAUCCUUCCUCUCCAGCCUCCCAAAGUGCUAGGAUUACGUGAGCCACCACAUCUAGCCAAGACUGAUUUUUAAAUAUGUAUUUUAUGCAACAGUCUAAUGGCAGAAAGGGCUUUAGGGUUUCAACUUAGGCUUUUGUUGGAGAACAGAGUAACUGAGCUGCCUCUUACCUAGGAUACUCCUACAGCCCAAGCUAUGGGUUCAAGAGAAUUCUGUCUUGGAAGGGUUGAGUCUGGUUAGACUGCUUUUCCCUAAUACUCUGCAGAGUCAUCCCUGAUUUAUUUUUUAAUGAAAUUUGACAAAAUAUGUUACACGAAGUCUCCUGUCAAAUGGCCGUAAUUUGUGCUUAGGAAUGCAUAAUUUUAUCAGGACCUCUGUAAUUAGAUAUUGUGCAAUAGAAUGACAAGCAAAUACUGUGUGUCCCAUAGCAACCUCGGCCUUUAGUGCCUCACUAUCUUUCAGAUAACGAAGGUUUCCAUAGACACACGUACCACAUGAGAGUACCAUGGGAAGAGAGCGAAAGUUUCCCUAUUGGUUUUCCCCUAUUUUUAAGAGUGAGUGUAUGAACGUGUCUUUUGUUCUUUUCCUUUUAUAUUGUCUCCUGGAUUUGGGUUGUUUUCCUUUAUCUGUCUGGACUGUAAAUGUGGAUAUGACGGUUCAUAGUCCUAUAGAAUGAGGUCAGUGCUUGAGCUGAUGUUUGGUGUGAACUACCUAUCUUUUGUGGGGAGAGAAAAGAAUUGCAACUGUAGUAAGAUUUAAGAGAAAAGAAUUAAGAUCAUGUAAUGAUUGAAGAAAGCUUUGCUGGGAAUGUGUGUGUUUUAGCAGAGACCCCAGUGACCUGCCAGGACACAUAGACAGAACAGGCUACUUGGGGGCAGGGAGUGGACCUCGGCCAUUUCUGUGACCUCACAUCUGGCAUUGCCAGGCAUAUAGUAGGUGCUCAAUCAUUAACUCAAUAAUUAAUCAUGUAGAGGAAGACGGCAAUGUUCAGUAAUUAACUGGUU